GCCUCCCAGCCAAUGGGCUGCUUUUCUGCCUCUUGCGGCUGACGUCAGAAAAUGCGAGCGGCGCGAAGGGGGGGGGGGAGAGAUACAGGCGGUCAGGACCGGACUGCGCCGGCUCGUGGCGCAGCUACGCUUUCGGAGCCACCGCUCGACCAAUAGGAGCCCAGCGCGGAGUUGACGGCCUCGGCGCACGGCCGUGCGACGCAACGACGCCUUCCGAGGAAGGAUGAGCGAACCAAUAAGAGGCGCCGAUCGCCUUGACGGCACGCGCCAGGCGUCAGCGUGCGUGCGUGCGUGCACGGACGUGCGUGUGUGACGCACUUAUUUCCCCCCUCAACUUCCCUCGGCGCUUCUCGACCUCUCGCGUGAGGCGACAGCAGCGAAGGCGGGUGUCUGUGGAGCUGCCGCCGCGGCCUCCUCCCUUCCUGGCGUGUACGGCCGAGGCGCCCACCCGAGCGAGCGAGCGAGCGGCGAGGCCCGAGCCGCCUUCCCGCGCUGAGGCUCCGGGGCGGAGGAGCGCGCGACCCGCCCUCGUCUACAGGCCCAGGCCAGGCUCGGGUGAAGCCCCGCCGGGGCCCCGGAGGAUUCUGGGAAAGGGUGAGUGGCGCUCGGGAGGUGGGAGGGGCCGGGGGGCGAGCGGGGUCUUUGUGCAGCGCCGAGCGCACGAGAGUGACGUAGAAGAAGCCCCUUCUGUGGUCCCGGGGCUUGUGGGUCGCUUGCCGGGAUCCGCUAGUGUGUUAUUGUUAGCGUUGUAUUUAUAUCCCGCCUUUUUCCCUAUCGGGUUCAAGGAGUGGUUUACAGCUAGAACAGAAACAGUUAAAAAACGAGGGGAGAGUAAAAACCCUUAUAAUUGAAAAAGGAUUCAUCAUCAAUGUUGGUAUGCCAUAUAGGAGAAGGAAAAUUCUAAUCCUAAAGCUCUGCUGCUUUAUGGAAUAUCUUUGUAAGAAAAAGCUAAAGAGUCGGUCCUACACAAAUCCAGAAUGCCGCCUUGUACACCUCCUUCUGGCAGCUCCUGCAGGCAAGCUGGUGCCAGAUAUGUUGCUCUGCUUUCCUUUGUUGGGGGCCUUGUCUUCUGGACAGUCCAGAACCUCCAGACACACUGCCCAGCCUUGCGCCCCAGGGAGGUCACAUCGGUGCUGCUAAUGCAGUGGUUUAUAAUAAUAAUAAUAAUGAUAUUAUUUAUACCCCGCCCAUCUGGCUGGGUUUCCCCAGCCACUCUGGGCGGCGUCCAGCCGAAUAUUAAAAACAAUACAGCAUCAGACAUUAAAAACUUCCCUAAACAGGGCUGACUUCACCCCUGGAGGUGCACUGCAUUAUUUAUUGAGACUGACUGACGCCAGCAACAACAAACUGUAAAAAUAAACAGAUUGUCUCAGCACCAGCCCUUUCCUUAAAAGCAGUCAGUUCCCUAGCACUUGUUGGCACAAGAAAGUUGUCACCUGCCAACAGAAGGACAACAAGGAGGAGCCCAUCUGGUUUCUCUAGGGAAGGGGUUUCAAAAUCUGGGGACAGCCACUGAGAGCCUUCGGUGUGGCAUACAGUAGGUAAAGACUGUAAAACAAGUCUGCUGGACUAGGCCAAAGGGGCCCGUUUAGUCCAACAUCCUGUUAUUGCAGUGGCCAAACACAUGGCCCAAAGAGAAAGAAGCCCACAAACACAAGAGUGCUUCUCUUUGCUUCAUUUCCCAGCAACUGGUAUUCAGAAGCAUUGCUGGUAAUAGCAUUAUGUAACAAUUAUUGCCUUCAACGUUAGAGGCAGAGCUUAGCUAUCAUGGUUAGUAACCAUUGGUUGCGUGUCAUCUUCCAUGAACUUGGCUAAUCCUCUUUUAAAACCAUCCAAGUUGGUGGCUGUGGGAGCAAGUGUCAUAGUUUAACUAUGCAGUGUAUGAGGAAGCAUGGGUGUAAACUUUGGGAUGAGUGAGUACAAUGUCUCUGUGUGUUUAUAUUUGUGUUUUCCGCCUAUUUGGGGCGGGCCUCUCACUCAGUAGCAGAGGGACCCAGGUUGAUUCUCCAGAAUCUCUGAUUUGUAGGCUCUUUAGGUAGCUGAGCUGGGAAAUCCUAAGAGGUUUUAAAGAACUGCUAUCAGCCAGAAAACAACAACUGCUGGGAUAACAUGCAAGUGAGAGUAGAGGAUGACACUUAAGCAUAUGAAUGGGAACCCCAAAGCAGGACCUGAGUUCAUAUCUGUGUCGUGGCAGUGCUCCAUCUCCGCUCUCAGAAGCAGUUACUGGCAAUCCCUACUGUUGCUCUCUGGUUCUGCUUUGGAGUUCCCAUUUGGCCAGUAGACUAGGUAGGCCUUUGCCCUGUUCCACUAGGGCAAGAACUAUCCUUUUCUUAUUUUCUUCUUGCAUUGGAAACAAGGUUCUGCCAUGUGUGAAGCUAUUUGAAGUAUAAAAAGAUAAGCACCAGGAUUAGUUAGAGAACUGUUUUUCAGUAAGUGAAAGUGUUAAGAGGCAAUUGGGGAACCAUACAAUAGAAUUUUUACCCCAAAUGAAGGUUACUUUUUAAGUUAUAUUAUUUAAUGGCCCUACAAUGUUAUUGGUGGAUGAAAAAGUUGAUAAUCAUAAGUGUUUGUCAUGCUGCCUUGAAUGUUUCGCUUGGGUGUUUUCAUAAAUUAAACACCAUCUUGGAUACAUAUGCAUAUUUUUAAAUGGCAACUAUUGUUGCAUAUCUUUGCAUUUUAUUGAUUCGGUGAAACUUUUUAAAUGGAAACAUUGGUAGCAGAGCUAAAAUUCACACAGCUAUUUUUAGACACUGAAGCUCAGGUUCGAAUCCCCACUCUGCCAACUCAACUUACAGAGUUGUUGCAAGGCAAACAUGAUGUAGAAGAGAAAUGCACACUGCCCUUAGCUGCUUUUUGGAAAGGUGGGAUAGAACCAAAUUAUUUAAAAAAUAUGUGCCUACUUCAGUGCAUAAUAUAUUGCUUUGAUAUGUUUAUGAAAUUGGAAGUAUAAAGAACAGCAGUGACAAAGUUGUCCAGUGUUAGGAUAUUGUAAGCUGUUGAAAUAUAUGGUACUGGAGUAAUAUUUUUGUCUUUGCCAGUUGGGCAGCUAGAAAAUAAAUGACAGCUGAAAAUAAAAAACGAUCAUUUUGUUAAUACUGCACAUCAAGCUGGAGGGAUAGGGCUCUUGCUAUGCAGAAAAAUUAUUUGGAUUAGACCAGGCAUAGGCAAACUCCAGCCCUCCAGAUGUUUGGGACUACAAUUCCCAUCAUCCCUAGCUAACAGGACCAGUGGUCAGGGAUGAUUAGGCUGAAGGCACAUAUUCAAGACAGUAAGUCUAACAAUUUGUAUGUGAGUGAUGGUACUAUGGGGUGGUUGCACAUUUAGAUGGAGCUUACUUUAGAUCAGCGGUUCUCAACCUGUGGGUCCCCAGAUGUUGUUGGACUACAACUCCCAUCAUCCCUGAGCUCUGGCCUUGCUAGCUAGAGGUGAUGGGAGUUGUAGUUCAACAACAUCUGGGGACCCACAGGUUGAGAAAGGCUGCUUUAGAUGGUUUGAAGAUCACACAGCCACAGGCUAGCUUCUAGUGGUGCAUAUCAGUAGCUUUGGGAAGGACUGACAAGGAGGUUGUAAUGAGUGCAAGUGCUAAUGCCUGGUCCUUGGAAGUUCCUUGAAACCACCAAGAUAGCAUGCAGCUGUGUAGUUUAAAUUCUCUCUGUGUGACCAUCUCAACCCAGGGCCACUACUGGAGAAUGUAAAGAAUUGAUUCUGCCAUGUGAAUAAGCUUUUUGGCUUUUGGGAAACUUUCACUGACAUACAGGCAGUGGUUUGAGUUUUUAAAAACUUCCAUUUUUUGUGGCCAGUAUCCGUAUGCUCUACCUGUUAAGAAACCUUAGACACAAUGGAGCCAUCAGUCUUAGAAACUGAGAUAUGAAAGCUAGGAGCUAAAUGGCACCUUAAACCUAGGUUGUGGAUGCAACAAUGAAAUGUCUAAGCGUGCUUUUUUAUAGCAAGAAUACAAAGCUGAAAAUGAAUGAACUGCAGCUAAAAUAUUAUGUUCAUUUUUCACAUGGUCUAGUCCUUCCCCUGCCCAACCCCCUAAUAUUCUUAAGAGGGUCUCUUCUCCAGCCUUCAGAUAGUAGCUGGAAGUUGGGAGGCAGAAAAAUGUCCUCCUUUCCUUCUGCUCUGCAGUUUUGCUCUGAAAUCUUAGGCGCAGUACUGUGCCCAGAGCUCAGAAACUGCUUGUGCUAAUGAAAUUCCCUGUUACAAAAUGUGCCUAGAACAAUGGGAGUUUUGAACACUGGUAGCCAUGCCUACCCAAGUUAAAAACUGGUGACUUUUAGCUGAGCUUUGCUUGCAGUGAUGUUUGAGGGAGCCAUGUUUGCCUGCUUUGGCAAAACCCCUUGUCCAAAGCAUGUGGAGGUAUGAUUUUAUUUUAUUUAUUUAUUUAUUCAGUUUGUAUACCUCCAUUCUUCAUAGAUCUCAGGGCGGUUCACAACAUAAAAAUAUAAGAUAAAAACAGAAAAUACAUAAUAAACACAAGAACAAAACAAACCAGUAACACUUCCACAACUCCAACACUCAUGUUAAACUCAAGCUCUUAGUUUUGUUUUCGUUUUUAAUCAAGUACUAACUUGGGUCUGUCUUCAUCAUAGGGUAAUGGGAAUCCUGAGUGAAUGAACAUUGUCCACGUGAAGUAGCCUGGAAUAAGAUAAAGGUGAGAGUUUGACUAAGUAGUGGAAUGAUUGGGAAAUGCUUAGGACUUCACACAAGAUGUAAAAAUGAAAAUGUUCAGCCGCUUCUUUAUUUUACAAUAUUUUUAGGCUAGAUUUCUAUUAGAGGAAAAAUAUAGCCAACCAAUAUAGUUAAAUAAAAUGUGGAGAAUCUCUGGUAAUUGCUCAUGGAAUCUAAAGUGCCUACAGCAGAUGAUCUGGGCAGAACACAUACAGACUUCCCAGAAGUUAAUGUUCCGCAACUGAACAGCUACAGAAAAGACCUUAUUCCUAAUGGAUGUUAGCUCCCUAAAGCAUGCUAGGAAGAUAAUGGAGAUCUAUUUUUCUAUAGACAGUGGACUUUUGUUUGUUGGUGUAGAAAUGUUCGGUGAGAUGAGAGCCAUACAUGCAAACCUGAUGUCUCAGGUAGUACAGCCAGACAUGAAUAUCAUCACUUCAGUACAGUCAGUGCCUUUGGAUGGGAUACACCUUUGCUGGAGAUCCUGGAGGUGGCCUUUGCUACCAAGUUCUUUUAAAGAGCUUUCCAGGAGCAUCAGGCUGACCAAAGCGUGAUAGAAAUUUUCAUGUUGAAAAUGGCAAUGUGCAGUAAUUAAUGGUAAUGAGAUGGAUAGCCAUAUAUUUCCCCCCACCCACCCAUUUCUAAUAUCUGUAUUUAUGUGGCAUUUCUCAAUAAGGCCAAACGUUGAUUUCACCUAGGUUUUUAUUUUUAUUUUCUUCAUUUAGGUCUUGAGAACCUGAAACAACUUCAAAAUGUUCAACAAAUCAUUUGGAACGCCUUUCGGAGGCAACACUGGUGGCUUUGGGACGACUUCAACUUUUGGGCAGAGUAAGUUACAUGGGCGAUAAUGGAGAAGCCUAUGAAUGGGGCCACAGGGUGCUGCCAUGUUUCCAGAUCAGUCUGUUUGCCCAUCCUGGCUCAGGUAUUGCACAUUACCUGCUCUGUGAUCUUGUUUAAUUGGACACGGCAGGGAUAGACUUCAGACCACCUGGAUGCGAAGCAUUUCGUUCACUUCUAAGCUGGUGAGGGAGCCUGUUCAGCCGUUGUUGAACUCUCACCAGUCCCAGCCAGAAUGAGCAAUAGAUGACCAUAGAUUCAUAGAAUUGUAGAGAUGGAAGGCACCCCGAGGGUCAUCUAGUCCAACCCCCUGCAAUGCAGGAAUUGCAGCUCAAUGCCCAUCCAACCCCUACUUAAAAACAUCUAAGGAAGGAGAGUCCACCACCUUCCAGGGGAAGACCGUUCCAGUGUUGAAAAGUUCUUCUGAUGUUCCUGAUGGGAGUUGUAGUAUAGCAACAUCAGGAGGGCCACAGGGUAGCCACCCCUGUUCUAGGCUGCCAGUUUGGGUUUUUAAUGUUUUCAUUAAAAGGCUAAUUCAGCUUUAAGUGUAACCUCCUUUGACGUUGGCUUGAAAAGCCAAUAUUUUGCCUAUCGGAUACUUGGCUGAGUUGCCACAUGCUCUCAUACAGAAGACUCUUGCAUUCCUAAUAGAGAUGGCUUACAGAACCAUGUUCCAUUCAGGGAGUGCUAGACUUGUAUUUGAAAUGUCUUCACUUCUUGUUAGUCAACUGCAGCUGUACAACCAGCUCAUUGCUAUGUGGUUUCAGCCCCUUCUGUACUCAGACCAUAUAUAGUCUCAUCUCCCAACUCUACCUGCUUUGCAGAUGCUGGCUUUGGCACUACAAGUGGAGGAGCUUUUGGGACAUCUGCUUUUGGAACAAAUAAUAAUGCAGGAGGACUGUUCGGGACUGCGCAGACCAAGCCAGGUACAGGUAUUACCACUGCUUCUUAUUCCUUAACUUGAACCCCUUCACUGUUUGCCUCUUUACUUUGCUCAAUUUAAGCUGCUGGCUGUUACCUAAGACCCAAGCUUCUUAGGGCCCAAGUACCCGUAGGAGCAAUUCUAUCUUACUUUUCUGACAAAUGAUGCCUCUCAAAGUAGCUUGCAUCAAUAAAAAGAGAGACACAGACUGUCAUCAAGUUUACAAACUUGAAAAAGACUAAUGAAGGGGAAACAGAGGGAAAAGGCAGAGGAAGGCUAUUGUUCUGGCCUCGAGGAACUAAGCAUUUAUAUCCAGUUUGGGCUAGAAUGAGCCUCCCUUGGUGAGAUUCUUGCUUGGAAGAUAAUUGGUGACCUUUGUUUCUGAGUAGGUGGUGGGCCAGAGCACCCCUUUCUCCUUGUUUUUGCAGUCCCAGGGCAAGUGGCAACUGGAGCAGAGGGGACAGCAAAAUCCCUGAAGCUGCUUUGCCUCCUCUGACUGAUAGUUGGGGCCAGAUUAGUCACACCCUUCUUGUGAUCCUCUUCACCUAUCAGUCUGCCCAUUAAAAAAAAUCUGCUGAAGUUCUUGGCGAGUUUCCUCCUUUAUCAGAGGGACACUGUUCCACAACAAAGAAGGAAUCUUUUUAAGUGCUAGUGCUCCAUUUGUGGAGUGCCCUCACUGAAGAGGGCCACAAACAAACAAAAUCUGCUUACCUAGGCAGUUUAUCUUCGCAAUUUUAUAAACUGGUUUUAUUUGCUGUUUUUUUGUUGUAUUGAAAUACACGCACAGACCUUCAUCCCAUUAGGUUUUAUGCAUAUAUCACCAGUCAAACUGGCCAAAAUGUAUAUAAAAAAGAUUCAAAACUCUGUUGGAAAUGUCUAGAAAUUGAGGGUACAUUUAUUCACUUAUAGUGGAAAUGUAAUCAGGCAAAGGAAUUUGGGGAAAUGGUGUACAACGAGCUAAUUGGAAAUGGGUUACCAAAAAAAGCCCAUAACUUUUUCUUAUAUAUAUGCAACAACAACAGCAAAGAUAGUAUAGGUGAGAAACUGGAAACAAAGAGAAACCCCAGGGAGAGAACAAUGGCUAAAUAAACUAAUUGAAUCUGCUGAGCUUGCAAGUAUGACAUCCAAAAUAAGAAAUGUAGAUGAUAAAUAGAUGAGGAAUGAGUGGGAGCAUCUAGGGGAAUAUUUACAAAACUUGAUCCUAAAUACAAAUUCCAGGUAGUGGAUACCUUCUGACCAGCAGUUGAUAAUAUAAAGGGUAUAGGAAGGCUGAAAACAAGGUGAUGGUAUUAUUGUAUAUACGGCUAAUUAAGAUGUACAAGAACUGUCAUAGAAUGCUGGGUGGGAAUUACAAAAGAAUUAUUGUACAAGGACGUAAAGUGAUAUGAUUGUAUAGCUGAAAACAUGUAUACAUAUAUAUAUAUGUGGAUUUGUGCGUAUGUUUGUGUGGGUUUUGUCAUCAAAUAAUCCCACCCCUUCUUGUGUCUGAUUUGAUUGGAUAUUUCUGGUUCCAGGGGGGUUGUUUGGUUCCAGCACCUUCAGCCAGCCAGCCACUUCUUCUACCAGCACUGGCUUCGGAUUUGGAACAUCGACUGGCACUUCCAGUGGGUUGUUUGGGACAGCAAGCACUGGCGGAGGCCUCUUUUCAUCCCAGAACAAUGCCUUUGCACAGAGUAAACCUGUGGGGUUUGGCAGUGAGUAUAAUCUAUUGCUAUUUCCUGACCAUUUUGAAGAAUUCUUUACGCAGCACAACCAUGUGAUUCUAAGUUCUUUAAAUCACUUUUAUUGCUGUAUUUAUAAUUGUUGUAACCCUCCCUGGUUCCUCAGGGUGAAGGGCAGGUGGUAAUAAUAAUAAAAAUAAUAAUAAUACAGUCAUACCUCAGAAAUUGAACGGAAUCCAAUCCGGAAGUCCGUUUGACUUCCAGAACGUUCGGAAACCAAAGUGCGGCUUCUGAUUGGCUUCAGGAAGCUGCAGUACCUGAGUACCAAGGCGUUUGGGAUCCAAGGUACAAAUGUAAAAACAACAGCUUGGGUAGUUGCUCCCCAAGUGCUUGCCUUGGGACAGUUCAGUUUCUUGCUCACCAGGGGCAGGGGACAAGUCGUGCUUAGCAAACCUGUUCUGAGACUGCCAUAAGGAAGCCAAAAACGUUGCUUUAGUCCUUGUUGGGGUGGGUGCAGGGGCGUAGGAAGGGGGUCGACCGCCCCAGGUGCCCUCACUGAGUGGGGGUGUGACAUUUGGCACCCCGCCCACCCACAGCUCCCAAGCCUACCCCGAGACGUUGGGGUACGGGGGUAGCUGUGCCACUUUGCCAGUGGCAUUUCCCCCUUCCUCCUUCGUUUUGACAGCUUGGGGGAGGCUUGGGAGUCGCAGGUGGGCAGCGCGCUGACUGUCCGCCGUGGGCAGCUCGCUCCCCGCCCUUGAGCGGCUUGCUCCGCCCCCUCUUGUAUUUCAUAUUAAAUUGAACUGCCACAAUGUCCAAGCUGUUUCCAGUCAGCCAUUAUUAUUAUUAUUAUUAUUAUUAUUAUUACUAUUAUUAUUACUAUUAUUAUUAUUUAUUAUUACCAUUACCCCGCCCAUCUGGCUGGGUUUCCCUAGCCACUCUGGGCGGCUUCCAACAAAAUAUUAAAAUACAGUAAUCCAUCAAACAUUAAAAGCUGCCUUGCCUUAAACACUUGCCUUGCAUAGUGUGAAAAGUAAGGCCAUUGUUUGUUUUGGGCACUGUCUCCUCUCCUAUUUGGGCAUUGACUUCGCUUUUCCUUUUCUACAGACUUUGGGACAAGUACUAGCAGCGGGGGGUUAUUUGGAACCACUAACACAACCGCCAAUCCGUUUGGGGGGACGUCCGGUUCCCUCUUCGGAUCGACCAGCUUCACCGUUCCAACUGGCACCACCAUUAAAUUCAAUGUAAGUCCCAGUUGCUUCCUGUCUAAAAUUAGUUCCAUCCAUUACCUAGCCUUUUCCAGUAUGAUGCCGGCCAGAUGUUUGUUUUGGACUGCAACUACUAGCACCCCUGACAUUUUGCCCUGUUUGCCAGGGCUGAUGGGAGUUGCAGUCCAGAAAAGGCUGCUUUCUGUUCACUACGCUUUGGACUCCCUAUUCCAAUGAAAGAUGCAUCUGGUGUAUUUAUUGUGUAUUUUAUUUAUCUAUUUGUUUGUAAUAGUUAUAAACUGCUGAAUAUUACAAAAUGACAUUUGCAGUAGCUGCCAGUGGGAACCGUGGCGGCAAGCCCUCUGGUUUGGAGAGCAGUAGCCAAAUGACCAGAGUUGAAUAUCAACCCUGCAAGGCAGUAUGCUGCUGCUACUCCUGUAAAUCCAUCAGCCUGAAUCAAGAUAAUCCCAGAGCUUCCCAAAUGCCACACGAGGUUUUGGGAACCAGACGCUGUCCCUGCAAGCUUCAAGCCCACUAAAUUUUAUGCAGUAGCAGUUUGACCAAGAGACUAAGAUAACUACAUUCCGUACCAACAAGUCCCAUCCAAAGAAACACACAAGUAGCAGGAAGAGUUUUUAAAAAAAGAAAAUAGCAGCAUAAAUAUUGGAGCUGUGUCCCAGUGGGAUUAUAAGUAAAAGCAGUUGGGAAUGGUAAGACAAGAUACCAAACUAACUUGCUUUAUAAACCAAAUCAGCAAAUUGACCUCCGGCAAGUAGCAUACAGGUGAUGCCAGGUGUCAGGCAACAUGGUUAGGACUAGCACAAAGUUUUACACCAACUUUGCCUAGUAACCAGUGACUCUGAAUAGCCAAUGAGAAGACUCUACCGUGUUAUGAGCAACCCACGUUCUCACAGGUGUGGCCAGUUUCUAAUUAGCUAGGCCCACACUGACCUCCAGUAGCAACAGCACAGCAAGAUCUCACAGGUGCCGAUACUUGUGAUCCCCGCCUCCCAGCCUUGAAGGGAGAGAAUACUCUCUCAGAAGCCUCCUUUCGUGCUCAGAGGCGUGAAUUGGGAAACCAUUUUCUAGCAGCAAAGGAAAAACCUCAGGAAAUAAAAACUGAUAAAACAGUUCUCCAAAGAGAAAUUCAAUUACUGCCCAUGGGCCAGCUCAUCUUCUGGAGAAGCCUCGCCUGGCAAAUGAAUCAUAGAAUAAGAGCGCAGGUACUCUUGUCUUUUGCUGUUUCAGUUUUGGUCAUUUAUCUCUUUAUUUGGAUCGCAUUUAAAUAACACGGCUAUAACCAGCCUGUGGUGGUUCAACUUCUGUGUGAUCACUUGUGGAAAGGCCGUGGCUCAGUGGCCAGAGCACGUUCCAUGCCUGCAGAGGGUCACUGCUUCCAGUCUCUGGCAUUUCCAGCCAGGUGUUCCAAGUGCGGAACAGAAGUAUGAGGCAUUGCGUUGAGCUGGAAAACUUGUGUGCAGAGGCUCCUUUAAGCAGAAGGUGGAAUAGUUGAUCAUGAGGGUUCUGUAGCAGUUGUUGGAGCAGAAGAUGCCAGGAUUUUGUAGCAGGGAGCGCUCUCUUGAGCCCUUCUUCAGCCACAUGCACCAGUGGAAAUGGGGCUCUCUCCUGCUUGUGCUACAGCAGAAAGAGCAGCAGCAGCAGGCACAGCCCAAGACGAUGAGGGCUGCCUUCCAGGUAGUGAAGGGCCCUCACAGCCAGGUCUAGAGCAGGAGCAGAGGCAGACCAUAGGCCAGGGCAGUGUGUGGCUUUGUACCAGGAUGGCAGGAAAGCGUGGGCAUCCCUUGCAUACCAAGGCAAGCAAAGCCCCUUCUGUUUAUCAUCUUCUACGUCUUAUCCUUCUCCCUAGAAGCCUGAGUCCCGUUCUGACCUGGUGAGAAACUGGCUACCCAGGGUGCCUCACAGCUGACCGAGAAUUUGAACCGCUGUAUUAUUAAUAUUUAUAUUUAUAUAUUGCCCUUUAUUUUAUAAUUUAUAUAUACAAUUUAUAUAUAUCAAAAGAUUCCAGGGUGAUGUACAACAUUAAAAGCACAUUGCAGAACAUCAGUGAUAAAAACAUAAUAGUAAAAGCAUACUGACAAACAGCCUAAUACAGUCAUACCUCGGGUUAAAUGUGCUUCGAGUGGAGCGCGUUCGAGUUGCGCUCCUCGGCAACCCGGAAGUAAUGGAGCGCGUUACUUCCGGGUUUCGCUGCUUGCGCAUGCGCAGAUGCUCAAAAUGACCGCAUGCGCAGAAGCGGUGAAAAGCGACGCACGUGUGCACAGACAUGCCAUCGCUAGUUACGUUUACCUCUAGAUGCGAACGGGGCUCCGGAACGGAUCCCGUUCGUAUCUAGAGGCACCACUGUAAUAAAAUAGUCAUCAUAGUAACGGUCCUCUUCCUCUCACUUUUACAGAACAUAGAUUAUUUAAUAGCCAUAGACCUGAGUAAAGAGGAAUGUUUUUACCAGGGGCCUUAAGACAUGUACUGAUGGCACCAAAUGAGGCCCUCUGGGGAGAGCAUUCCACAACCGGAGCCACCACAGAAAAGGCCUGUUCUCUUGUUGCCACCCUCCAAACCUCUCUGGGAGGGGGACCAUAGAGAAGGGCCUCAGAAGACAAGGGCUGGGUCUGGGUUGGUUUAUGUGGGGAGAGGCGGUCCAUAAGGUGUUGAGGUCCUGAGCCAUGUAAGGCUUUAUAGGUCAACCCCCGCACUUUGAAUUGGGCUCAGGAGCUAAUCGGCAGUCAGUUCAGUUGUGCCAGGAUGGGUGUUACAUGCUGUAUCCAGCUGGGUUGUCUCAGUGUUCUUGUUAGCUCACAUGAGUGGCUGCUUGGAGGCUCACAGGAAUCCUGCUGCUCCCUCUGUGCCAUGACUGCUUCCAGGGGAAUUAAAUCUAAAGUAACCUUGACAAGUGUUCACAUUUCUCUUACAGCCCCCUACGGGUACUGACACUAUGGUUAAGUCCGGAGUCAGCACAAACAUCAGCACCAAGCAUCAGUGCAUUACUGCUAUGAAAGAAUAUGAAAGCAAAUCGCUAGAGGUCAGUCCGUCGUAUAUCUGUAUCUCUGCAUGCUGUCCCUGUUUGUUUACAUCCCGUCUUGUGGCUCAGACAUUGGAGUGCUGCUCUCCUCCCUCUAUAGUGGUGGAUGGGGUUGAGCUCUUUGUAUUUCAAAUGGAAAGAAUGGAGGCAAGGCAUUUAUGCACAUGGUGGAGCACAUGCUGAACUGCCACAUCACAGUUGUCACGAGAAACCUGUCAGGCAGGUGUUUCUGGUGCCUGAUGCCUGCUUUGGCAAAGUUGCAUAUUGUCCUCUUUGAGAACGCUGCCCUGUACCCAGGGACUGUCGACUCCAAUGUUUUAUUGCAUCGCUUUUGCCUGAGAAGGUGUGGUGGUAGCAGGUGUGGGGAACAGGUGGUGUCCCAUGUGAGACGUCCGUACUCAAGAAAUAUUCCCUGUUUAGGAGCUUCGUUUGGAAGACUAUCAAGCGAACAGGAAAGGUCCCACCAACCCUGUAGGAGCUGGAGCCACGCCAGGUUUGUUUGGCUCAUCCACUGCUACCUCCAGCGCAGCCACAGGACUCUUCGGCUCCACCACCACUAACACAGGCUUUUCCUAUGGACAGAAUAAAACAGGGUUUGGAACCAGUAAGUACUGCUGCUUUGACUUGCGUAGGAUGACUCUUUGAGUAGUAGCCUUUCAGGGUACUUGUGUAUGUUUUUAAUACUGUUUUAAGUUGCCUUGAGAGACUGUCGUGUUAGGUGUCCAACAUUUUUUGACACAUGCAAAUAAUAACAUCCACAGCUUGAAAUACUGGCUUUUGAUUUAUAAGAUGCUGUCAACACUCCACCUGUUCUCUCUAUGCUUGGGUAAAAACAUGCAAACAGAGCAAUCUCCUUGAUGGAGCAGAUUCUGCCUUGAGGUCCUUGGGACAAGUAAGGAAGAAGUGCAGAUAAGAUAAGUUCUCAGAAAAAGGGGGGAAGGUGCCCAAGGGAGUUGCUCUGCAUGUGAUGCAAGUCCCAGAAAGUAGAAUGCCACACUUAAUUAAUAGCGCACAAGAAGUGAACUAUUCAGUUCUUGAUUCUGAUUUAAGGCAGUUUCUUGCCUGAUAUCAUAUGUGGUUAGCUGGCAUCAUUGACUGGAAAGGCACCUUGAUCAGUCACAGCGGUUUUCUUGCUCUAAAAUGGCUCUACUCAAGUCAGCUUUUAUUUCUUGGAAGCACCUCCCAGCAACACCGUUGUUGUUGUUUGUUAAGGCAGCCCUGUUUAGGGAAGCUUUAAUGUUUGAUGCAUUACUGUAUUUUAAUAUUUUGUUGGAAGCCGCCCAGAGUGGCUGGGGAAGCCCAGACAGAUGGGCAGGGUAUAAAUAAUAAACUUCUUCUUCUUCUUAGUAGUAGUAGUAGUAGUAGUAGUUGCUUUAUCUUGUCCAAGAUGAUCCAAAGCAACUUAGAACCAAACACCUCUGUGCUGCUUCUACUAAUGCUUCCUCUUUUUGAUUGGGAGUUCAGAGUGGUGUAUGGUUUUGUAAGUUGAAAAUUAAAAUGACAGGAAUUUUUUAAAAGAAAAACACAAAACUCUGAAGCCAUAGUCCAAUGCCUCCAUCCUUGUUUCUGCUCAAAACAGUGCCUAAGUGCAUGUGAGGAGCUGUGCCAUCGGUGUGGUAGCUCCAAAUCUAUGGAAUGCCUUCCUGCUAGAAAUCAGGUGCCAUCUCUGCUGAGUUUCAGACACCAAGUUAAAACAGUUUUAUUCUCUGAUGUUUAAAAUCUUGUGUGUCGUAUUUUUUUCUUUUUGUAAGUUGCUUUGAGCGCCAGAUGUGAAAAGCAGGUUAUAAUAAAAUAAAAUGUAGCUGCAUCUACUCACCAUCAUCCUUUGGAACCUAUCCUGCCUCUCCCACUGUUGACAUUUGGAUUGUGAGCUCCUUGAGGGGUAUACUCUGUGAAGUGCCAGGGACAUGGAUGCCUCAAGGUAUAUAUAAAUAAUUUGCUUUGGCACCUUGUUUCAGGUACGACUGGUUUUGGAACAGGAACAGGAGGCCUCUUUGGUCCGACUCAACAAACCACCAGCCUCUUCAACAAGCCUUUUGGCCAGGCCACGACUGCACCAAACGCAGGCUUUUCCUUUGGGAACACCAGCACCCUUGGACAACCCAACACAAACACAAUGGUGAGGCAGCAAGGACUGUUGUAACAACCUUGGAGUCUUUACUUUCUGCCUAACUCCUGCUUACCUGGUUGUCUUUGAUUUCUGCAGCCUUUUACUAAGACCUCUUCAAGGAAAUUCUUUUGCUCGGCCUGUUACUUUUUCUUGUACAGUGCUAUUUUAUUCUCCAGCUUGCUCCUUAGCACAGCAGGUUGCCUUAUUUUGCCAUUUUUGUAUCUGUUGAAUAUUUCGCCAGCAUGCUUUAUAUUGAGGGUUAAGAGAUAAAGGCCUGCCUUGUCACAAGUCAGAGCCAUAGUCCAUCUAACUGACAGCUGGCUCCAGAGUCUCCAAGCAGAAGUUCUCUCCAACACAAGAUCCUUUAGUUGGAGAUUUCAACACUUCAUAUGCAAAGCACAUACUUUUUCACUAUGAAAUGGAGCCAUAGCAGGCCUCCCAAGUUAUGAAAUAGUUUGUUUUCAACAAUAUACCAGUUGCUUGGUAGGCGCGCAAGCAAGCAAGCAAGCAAGCACACACUCAAAUUAUCUUACCUCUCCCAGGAAGAGGAAAGCCUGGCAGUCAUUUUGGCUUUUCACCGACUUGAAUGCCUCUAGGGCAGGCUACUUUAUCAAGUGGUCCACUAUAUUCCUUCGCUGCUUUCUCUGUUGGGUACAAGCAGAAAUGCAUAAGCGAGAGAGGGGCCCUCUUGUUACAAAUGAAAUGGAACUGGACGGUCAACUAAUUCAAGUGGCCUUUUCUGUGAGGGUCUCAAACCUUUAACAGAUGCAUCCAGUCACAACGGAAACCCUGUAUUGAAGGAGUUUCCCUGUUACGGGCAAAGGAUGCCAGGUGCUAGUGGCUUGGAAAGGGAAGUUGGUAAAGCUGUGUGGGGAAUGAGCUGCUGAGUGGAAGAGAUAAGCAAUUUUCAUAGGCUUUGGGAAAUUACUUUUUCCACUAAAGACAACUCGUGGGUGGGUGGGUGUUCAGUUUGUUCGGUUUUUUUAAUCCUCCUGUGAGGAGCACACUGUUUCUUUCCAUAUGCAUGAUGGCAACCUUCAGGUGCCUUUCUGCCCAGAUCUGAACCUUCAUUCAGAAACAAUCUGCCAUGCACAAAUUCAGGCCUCAGUGUUUUCCACGACACAGUGGCUAAAAUGAAGGUAGGUUUUCCUGCAUGCUUUAAUGCUACACUGAACCAAAUGCAAGCCCCUCUCUCCAGUAGCCACAAGCAGAGCCCUUAUUCCCUUGUGUAAAAAUCACCAUGGUGCAAAAACAGUAGUCCCACAUUUCCAGAACUACUGCUCAGUUUUUUUGUUUUGUUUUUUUAAGGAUAAGUUGUAGCGUAUCUUUCUCAAACAUCCCCUAAUGUUUGCAGGGUUUAUUUGGAGCAACACAGCCCUCACAAACGGGAAGCCUUUUUGGAACAGCUACCAAUACGAACACUGCUACUGCAUUUGGAACUGGGACAGGUCUCUUUGGACAACCCAAUACAGGAUUUGGUGUUGGUGGCUCGGUAUGUCAGCUGGGAGUAAUGAGGUCCUCAGGGGUGUGGAAGUGGCUUGUUUCUUUUCACUCGUGACACACUUGUGCUCAUUGGUGUUCUCCUGUGCAGAAGCGAAGUGCUUUUGCAGGUGCUUUUCCAGUGGUGUUAAUUGCAAUGUUGGUCAGUGGUUAGAAAGGUCCAAUAAUUUUGGCUUUGAACAAGUCUUGGAAGGUUUUGCAAGAAGCCUAACAAUCCUGUAAACUGAGAGCGACUGCCCAGUCUAGGCACCCUGGACCAUAAUUUAGCAGACGUGACCUGAGUUUCUCAAUUGUGUGCAUCCGGCUCCCGUGACACACUUUUCCAGGUCAACUCAAACUACACUUCUCCCUUGCAUCCCCAGUGGGGAACUGCGGUUUAAUACCUGUUUCCUAACUAGGGUUUUAAAUCUCUGCAGAUCUUGAUCUUAAACCACAGUUUGGACCUGUGUAGUAAACUGAUGUUAAACCACAACUACUCAUUUUUUGAUAUAACAGGGUUCUGUAGUUCAAGCAACAAUGUGAGGGGUGGGGGCGUGCCCCUCUGACGCUCACUCACUGCUUGCCAAAUUGUCACUCUGAAUAUCAGCUCUUGUGGGUGUCAACUGUAAAACCUCAGCUUUUGCCAUUUGGCUGCUCUCCAUCAGAGCAAUUCUAGCAGAGACCAUGCACAUUCCCACGCUGGACUAUGAAGUUUCCACAUGUUGGGUAUUUCCUCCUGAUUGACCAGGCAGAGAACAUGUGAUUCUUAGACCAAAUAUACCAUGCUGUCUCCGGCUUUCUCUCAUUUAUUUUUGCCCUGCCUCUGUCCACACAGUCAAAUCUACUCUCUCUCUCUGCUUUAAUUCUACUGCCUUGUGCUCUGUUCCGUCUUCCCUCCUUCAGCCUGGUUCUUUACUACGCCUUGUAGGCACCUGGUGGGACGGAGAGAACCAGUGGGGACACCAUUGUAUCAGACUCUAGGGAGCACUGGGAAGGGAGUUCUAGAGGUGGCGCUGCUCUGUACAUCAACGAGGGCAUAGUGGGAUUCAUCGCCAAGUAGUUUCCCUCCCUCCUCCUACCUUAAGUGCUGGACGGAGGCAGUGCUGGGGGAUGAGAGGGAAGAGGGGACUCUUGUAUGCUCUUCCCCACCUGCAGCCCUCUUGACUCCCCCUCUUGCCCAGCACUGUGCACUAUGCAGCUGUCCUGCACUGACACCAAACUGCUGCUGUGGACCAGCACAGACGUAGUUCACUAGGGAGAGAUAUCUGAUAAUGUGCAUUCUGUGGAUGGCCGCACAUCCUUUCCAAACAUUUAAAACACGCUAUGAUUCUAUGUUAACCUUUCUACGAUUGGCUGCUAACUGAGAAAAAGCUAAUAUCCCUUUGUGACCAGGGCGGGGGCUGUGGACAGGGAAAAGAGAAAGAGACCCUGUGACGUUUAGAAUGCAUAUUUCUCCUUCAGUCCCUCUUCAGCAACAAGCCUGCUGGAUUUGGAACCACGACAACCAGCGCGCCCUCGUUUGGAACAACUACGACUGGAAUGUUUGGUAACGGAUUAAACAAUUGCUUUCCCUUUGGCAUAGUCACGUAAAGAGCCUUAAAUCUAUUGUUGCAUUGAGUAUAGCACACGGUAUGUGGCAGACUAAUUUAUGUGAGAUAAUGCUGUUUGUGAGUCUUAAAUUCUGUGUCAGUAAGCCGUGCUAUAUGGCAGGCAGCUGCGAGAGCCCAGGUGCUUCUGGCCUUGCUUUUGGCAAGAGUUUCAUUUUGAGGGUCUCUGUCUUUUAUACAAGCUUGGAGGCCUUUCUCAGAUCCAUGGAAAACAAAUUCAAAGGCUUUUUUCCAAGUCAAACAGCAGUACAUUUUCCCUGCCUCUCUGCUGGUGAUUGAAGAGGUGUGGGGAGACAGCUGGAGAGAGUUCAGAGCCCUUCUCAUUCCUUCCAGGGGUUAUCCUCCUCCAAUGUCUUGGUAACAGACUUUCCUGGGGAGUGGGGAGUCUGGGAAGCAUUUGUACCUUCUUGAACAGCAGCUCCUGCUGCAGCUAAAAAGAUUCCUGGGUACAGAUGAUGAUGACGGCAACCUCUCAUCUGAAUGCUACUAUUGAGUGAAAGGCAACCCCAUUUUCUUUCAUCCUCUGGAAAUGCAAGUGGGUUGUGUGUUCGCUAGUGAUGUCAGGCGGACCAUGUGCUGUGCCUUGCAUAAUAACAACAAUAAUAAGAGUAAUAGUAAUUGUAUUAUGUAUACAGUGGACGCUCUGGUUGCGAGCGUGAUCCACGUGGGAUGCACGUUCGCAACCCGCAUUGGCACAUCUGCGCAUGCGUGGGUUGCUAUUCGGCGUUUCUGCGCAAAGCGUGAUUUAGCGCUUUUGCGCAUGCGUGACCGCCGAAACGCGGAAGUAACCCGUUCAGGUACUUCUGGGUUUCGGCAGUCCGUAACCUGAAAAAACGCAAGCUGAAGUGUCUGUAACCUGAGGUGUGACUGUAUGCCGCCCAUUCAACUGCGUGGUCCCAGCCACUUGGGGCAGCUUCCAACAAAAUAUUAAAACACAUAACAACCACCUGCAUGGAAGAGAGAGAGGCCUGGGUGACAAACACAGCCACUUGCUGUUCUUUACUUGCAGGUUUUGGUGCAAACACCACGGGAAAUAGCCUGUUUGGGAACAAGCCUGCAGCUGGGGCUCUGGGCACGGGACUUGGAACAGGAUUUGGAACAGGUAAAGAAUAGAAAGAUGCCACCCUCAGAAGCUGCUUUCCCCCUUCCUCUCCCUGGCACUUAACCAGGUUUUUGGUGCCAUGAUUGGGAUUCACUAAACAUAACAGCAAGCUUCCACUUUCCUUCCUUCUCUAAACUGCUAUUUCCCCCCAACUCUCACCAAAAUUAUGCUGCCGUUAUCUUACUGCUGCUUAGUUACUGAAUAUGUUGGACACUCCAGCUAACUUCAUGGUGGUUGUCGGCGGCAGUACAGUGGUGCCUCGCAAGACGAAAUUAAUUUGUUCCGCGAGUUUUGUCGUCUUGCAAUUUUUUCGUCUUGCGAAGCGCGGUGUCGGGAAAGUUUUGGAAAAGCUUCAAAAAUCACCAAAGUCUUUAAAAACCUCAAAAAAGGCUACCACACCGCGUUCUAUGAGUUGCUCCUCAAAGUCAAGUCGCAACUGUAUUAACGGUGUUAAGAAAAAGGAAACAAACUUGCAAGACGUUUCCGUCUUGUGAAGCAAACCCAUAGGGAAAAUCGUCUUGCGAAGCAGCUCAAAAAACAAAAAACCCUUUCGUCUAGCGAGUUUUUUGUCUUGCGAGGCAUUCGUCUUGCGAGGUACCACUGUAUGUUCCAACUCUCUCUCUCACACACACACAAACAGCUCCUGCCCUUAUUGUAAAGAGUGACGCACCUAUGAGACCUUCAGUUAGCAAAACCACUUCUCCACUAUAGAGAAGAAUGGUCCGGAUUCAUAGUUCAUAUCCUUUACAUUCUUGCUCCUGAAAUGAGCCAAGCUGGUGGUGAGGAAGGAGAGCAGUUCCUUGGAGCACUAAAAAUGACGUCCUCCUUUGAACUGUCUGUAGGGAAGGAAGGCUGCUUUUGUCUGUUUUGCUGCUGGUUGUGCAUGUCGAUGUUCCACAACCUGCUUUGUUUUCCUUCCUGUAGCGCUGAACGCAGGACAGACUUCGCUGUUUGGGAACACCCAGCCUAAACUAGGGAGUACGCUGGGGACAGGAGCCUUUGGCGCCCCUGGAUUUAAUACGUCAACAGCUACUCUGGGCUUUGGAGCUCCCCAGCCUGCGGUGGGUAAGUGUCUCAUUAACAAAUGAAUAGCCUGGAGUUAAGUGGAGGAGGGGCCCUGCAUGAGGUCACACCAGUUCAUUGUCCCUCUGAGCAUGGGACUCCAGCUCCCAUCAGUCCAUUUUUGUAUGGAAAGCCAUGUGGCUUGGUGGCAAAUUCCAAAUGGGAAUGUAAUUCACCAAAGUGUGGCAUGUGUUGGAAAUACAGCAAGAGGUUUCCAGGACUAAGAUAAUAAUAAUAAAAAAUUUUAUUUAUAUCCCGCCCUCCCCAGCCAGAGCCGGGCUCAGGGCGGCUAACACCAAUAAAAUCACAGUAAAAACAUAACAGGGGAAAACAAAACAAAACAAUUUAAAAUACAGGUUAAAAUGCAACCUCAUUUUAAAAGUAGCCAAUAAAUCAAGACCAUAAGGGGAGGGAAACAUAAGGGUCAGGCUGAGUCCAAACCAAAGGCCAGGUGGAACAGCUCUGUCUUGCAGGCCCUGCGGAAAGAUGUGAAGUCCUGCAGGGCCCUAGUCUCUUGUGACAAGAGCGUUCCACCCAAGUCGGGGCCAGUACUGAAAAGGCCCUGGCCCUAGUUGAGACCAAUCUAACCACUUUGCGACCUGGGACCUCCAAAAUGUUGUCAUUUGUGGACCUUAAGGUCCUCCGUGGGGCAUACCAGGAGUUAAUAAUUCCCAAAAGUGGUUUCCAGCUGAAUCAGGGACCCAGUUUCUACCUCAUAUCGCCAAAACCUGAGGGAUUAAGAGAACGGUUUGUAGCUGAACCUAUAAGCCCUGCUAAUAUUUUGUUUUUAUUGGAUGGCUUUUGUCAGUACAGUGGAUGCAGCUUCUAGGGGAGGAUAGCAUUUUCCCCGCUUAGAUUACCUGCUCCACUGCAGGCACCUGCUCGUCUGUCAGUGAGUUGUUACAGCCCCUUGGGGGGAUAUUGGGCUGAUGUCUUCCCCUCUCAUUCAUUCAGCUUUGACUGACCCAAAUGCUUCAGCCGCUCAGCAAGCGAUUCUUCAGCAGCACCUCAACAGCUUGACAUACUCGCCCUUUGGGGAUUCCCCCCUCUUCAGAAACCCGAUGUCUGACCCAAAGAAGAAAGAGGAGGUUUGUCAUGGGAGAUGGGGACAUGGCUGAGAGGGUGACUAGAUUAUGCCAGGUCGAGAAAGGGUCCGAGAAGGCGCUUCUAUUUUGGAAUCCAGAGCUAAACCUGAUUCAGGACGGGUGCCAGAAAGUACUUCUUCACACAGUGCAUAAUUAACUUACAAACUUGGGUGGAAUGAAGGGGGUGAGCAAUCAACUUGGGCCUCUUGCAGAAGCGGUCUGUCUUUUCCGCUGUUAGCAGCCUGUUUGUUGGGGAGGGAGAAGGAAAAGGAGGUUGCAGUAAAAGCGGGUGAGAGAAUCUGAUAGGAUAGCCGUCUCAAGUUUGCAAUUGUGUGUGUGUGUACAGAGACUGAAGCCAACCAAUCCAGCGGCCCAGAAGGCAUUGACCACCCCUACUCACUACAAGCUGACUCCUCGCCCUGCGACCAGGGUGCGUCCGAAAGCUUUGCAGACCACGGGCUCCUCUAAAUCCCACCUGUUUGACGGCCUGGAUGACGAUGAGCCAGCCCUGUCGAAUGGGGCCUUCAUGCCCAAGUAAGUGUUGCCUCUAGACUUCUUUAUACGCUAAGGUGGCUUGGGCAAAUCUGAAGUGUGAGGUGUGCGGCAGCAUAUCUCGAUGGCCUUGAACUGUGUUGCAUUCUGGCUUUGAUCCAGCUCUUGCUGGAGGUAAUUGGUACUUAAUGAUCUUGAACGGAGUAACAAGUACCAAUUACGGCCAACGAGAGAUGGAUUAAAGCCAGAAUGCACGCUUCAGUUGGCGCAGUGGCUCUCCCUGAACUCUUUAACACAAUAUAUAAGGUGGUGGUGCAGCCCACUCUGGGUUAAGGUGAAGCCCAAUUAUAGGUCACAGCCCACUGGGUAAAGACCACUGGCAUCUCUUAUCAGUCAUCUUUUUCACAGCAAAAAAUAGUUCAAAAGGAGCUCUUUAAUGCCAUUAAAUAAAGAAGAAAACCACACACACAGCUGGCCCAGCUAAAGCCUCCAGUGUCUUGCAGUGGGGGAGAGAAGGGCUUCCACAGUCCAGUUCUGUGGUGUGAUGGGGGCUGCAAUUAAAAAUAAGUUGAACUAAGAAGGGAGGGGUAAGGGAGUGAGGCAGCAGUGAUGAAUUUCUCCUCUUUUUGGUCUUUCUUAGGAAAAGCAUUAAGAAGCUAGUUUUGAAGAGUAUCAAGGCCAGCAGCCUUUUCUCUCCGACCAACUGUGAAGCGGAUGACCUCGCCUCUCCCUCCGAGUACCCAGAGAACGGAGACCGGUAUGUCUGCAUGGACACCUUAAAAAAACAGGACCUUGGUCAGGUUUUCCUUUUUGAAGUAAGCGGACUCAGCCUUAAAGGUGCAGCUCCACAUGCAGUUGUUGGGUUUAAACCAUGGGCAAGUCUUCUCUGUUCUAGCCAUGGCAGCGGGAAUGUUUCGCCCCUUGUGUUGCCUGAGUAAUGCUCACACUGUGUAACAGGGAGUGCGUGUCCAGGGGAAAGAAAAGACUUUGGUGAUCUCACCUGCCACUGAACCCCAUAUAUUUUGACCAUACGCGGUUUUGGCUGUGUGCACUUACCUCUGGAAUGUAACCUCCAUGGAAGCUGAGAGUUGCCUGUACUUAUGAAGAGGGGCGGGGGAGCCACCGUUCCUGGAAAUCCUGCUCAGCGCUCUCUCUGUGUGUCUUCUGAGAUCUUGCUGAGCAUUGCGCACACCCUUUCAAGUCUAUCUUGAGUAGCCUGGACUACCAGAAACUUAAUUUAUAGCGAAAGCAAAGGAUGUUAUGGUGCUGUGGGCAUGUGCCUUGGACUGUGUGCAUGUGAAAUCGGAAAGGGAAAUUGGAAACUCCCAACUCCCUCCGACUCUCCCAUACAGAAUAAAGAGGGGGCGCUUGGUCCAGAAAAGACUACGUUUUCAUAUAGGAGCUGUCACGUAUUUGGGAAAUGCAUUUUACUUAAGUUAGAACACUAUCCAUUUCAAAGCAAUUUCACAAUGUGCAUUUUUAAAGGCGGUGGUGACGUCAGGCUUCCUGUGCGAUUCUGCACUGCGAUGCCAGAAUUGGUUUAGUCUGAGCAUGGAUCUGUUCCCUUAACAGCUGAAGGUUGAUACGCCCAAUAAAUCCUUCAUCAGCUUUCUAACUUCUGCUUCAGCAUUUGCUUUCCAUCCAUGCAGAAACUCACACUCAAGAAGUUCAUUACCAGUUAGGUAGCUAGUGUUUGUUUUUUAUAGCGGUGUGUUAUGAAGUUUUUUCUUCAAGGCUUACGUGGUGGACCUUAAAUGUUGUGGCUUCCUUAGAUUCAACUUCCUUUCCCGGUCAGUUGAUGAGAUCCACCGGCAGGAUGGAGAGCAGCAGGAGGAGGAGGACCGUCCUCGUGAAGUCACGCGGUACUACUCCAACCCCAUUGCCAAGCCCAUCCCACAGACCCCCGAGAACGCCAUGCACAAGCACCACAACAACGUGGACGACACCCUCCUUGCCCUGAAUGUGCGUCCUCCCCUGCGGAACGGGCUGGAAGGCAGCAGCGAGGAUGCCUCCUACCACGAGGAGUCCCUGCAGGAGGACCAGGAAGAGGAGGUGGACGGCAUGCACCAGGCUCAUCCGGCAGGUGAGGCAGGUGGUUCUUCUGGUGGUCGGGAUCUUCUCCCCCCAGAAAUGCCCCCAAGCACAGACUGGGGAAGGUAGGAAUUGUGCAGAGGAAUUGAGGGGGCGCUGCUUAUAAUGCACAUUGUCAUUUGCAGUCCAUCAAACUCUGGUCAUACUUUUCUACCCUUGGAUCUCAUUCAAGUGGCCUUUUCUUCUUUUAAAAAGCAAAUCUUGGUGUUUCUAUUAUUUUCAUACACUGAGUUGGCCUUCUUUUGGUUUUGAUGACCUGCGAUCCAAGAUGGUGUAGGUUUCGAUGCACCAAACCGUUCUAGCAAAAGUCAGCUUGGAUUGACAGACCUUUGAGAAAACGGUCUUGUGAAUUAUCCAAGAAUGUGCUUCAGGGUGUAAGGAGCAGGUUUACAUUGUGUCAGACCAGAUGUCUGUAUAGCUUAGUGCUGCCAACGCUGGCAGUGAGUUUGAACCCAGAUCCUAGUUACUUCUUCUUUGAUCUUUUGCUCUCCUCUCCUCUGCCCUGCUCAUGUAUUGCCUUCCCUAGCAUGGCAAUACAAGGCAUGCAAUAGGAUCUGUACCAUCAGAUUGCACCUGCAGCCUUACCAAAAUAAAACCAAAACAUUUCUAACGUUGAGGUGUUUCUAGGAAUGCUGCAAGAUUUGUGGCUGUCAUUUUUCAUAACUAAUUUUAAUAGGUACUGAAUCAUUUUGCAAUCUACUGCAGAGGCAGUGUUUGGUUAAGGUUUUCUGAGUGUUUUUCUCCUUAGUCAGUUGUAAAUCUAAAGUGCCUUCAGUGAGUCUAUCUAUUGCUCCCUUUCAUACCCUUUAGCAUACGUAUUAUAAUCUUGGAGUAGGUACACCUGCUUUCCCUGGCUCAUUUCUUUGCUGUUCUGGCCUGCAAAUCAAUCACUGUGCCUGUUGCAGAAGUUGCUGAAAGGAGUGACCUUCAACCAGUUUUGGUUCUUUUAGGAAUUGUUUUAACCCGAGUUGGCUACUACACCAUUCCAUCCAUGGAAGAAUUGGCCAAAAUGACAAGCGACAAAGGAGAAUGCAUUGUGACAGACUUCACCAUUGGCCGAAAAGGUAAGGAUGCUUCUCUGCACGAAGACCUUUUCUCCUGAAACUGCCUUCCCCAAAGCCCAGGAAAGUCCCACCUGGAUGAAGGCCAAGUAACUCAAGAGGAGCAAAAUUCAGGCCAUUGAAACAUGGUUAAAGUACUAGGCAUGUCUCUAGGAUCACUCAGGCCAUUCACGCAACAGUUUACGGGAGUCUGCUCUAAAGGUCCCUCAAGCCCAUGGCCCCAUUUUGUCAGGAAGGGUCAGAAGAAUUCCCCUCUAAGCAUUUCAAGUAAUCUCGUUGUUGGAUAUUAGUCAUAGUGGUUGAGUCCCCACAGUCUCUUUCCUCAAGUAAUAAUAAUAGCAUAUUGCAGGGGUCAGCAACCUUUUUCGGCCAUGGGCCUGUCCACCGUCCCUCAGACCAUGUGGGGGGCCAGACUAUAUUUUGGAAAAAAAUAUGAACAAAUUCCUAUGCCCCACAAAUAACCCAGAGAUGCAUUUUAAAUAAAAGCACACAUUCUACUCAUGUGAAAACACGCUGAUUCCCGGACCGUCCGCAGGUCGGAUUUAGAAGGCAAUUGGGCCGCAUCCGGCCCCCUGGCCUUAGGUUGCCUACCUACCCCUGGUAUAUUGCAACACAUGCAGUGUACAUGCACUUAAACCCAUCAGUUCUUGAAUGUGAUCACAGUAACAGCGCAGAUGACAAAGCUGCACACAGUGUGCACAAAUUAAAAGUUGUUUGGAUGCAUAAAUGAUGCUCCCAAGUACAUGAUUGCAAAACCUGAUUUGCGGCAUUAACUGGGGAGCUGGUUUAGGUGUGUGUCCCCCAUAGACCUUUCUGGGAGUUGCCGCCAGACUCCUGCUGCAGCUUGUGUGCUUCUUGCAUAGAUUUCUAAGACACUCCCAGUUCUGGUGAUUGCGCACACUUGACCAAUGAGCUUCCAUAGCUUUGUUGCAGCAGCACUCCGGUUUAAGCUGAUGCUGAGAUCAUAGAAUUGUAGAGUUGGAAGGGGCUGUCAUCUAAUCUGUUCAUCUCCUCCCUAGGCUACGGCUCAAUCUACUUUGAAGGCGAAGUGAACCUGACUAACUUGAACCUGGAUGAGAUUGUGCACAUCCGCCGGAAAGAGGUGAUUGUCUACCCAGAUGAUGAACAGAAGCCACCCAUUGGGAAAGGAUUGAACAGGUAAAUAUAGACCAACCUAGUGUUGGCUCACGUUCACCGUGAACACGCUAGUUCAUCUGUUAGGAGUGUUUGCCUCUCUGGCCUCCGUUAACCCUCUUUGUUUCUUAACAGGAGAGCUGAGGUCACUUUGGAUGGUGUUUGGCCCACUGACAAAACCUCGCGUUGCCUGAUAAAGAGCCCAGAACGGCUAACCGAAAUGAACUAUGAAGGCAGGCUGGAAGCCGUCUCCCGGAAGCAGGGUGCCCAGUUCAAGGAGUACCGCCCUGAAACUGGCUCAUGGGUAUUCAAGGUAAUAACAGCUGGGUAUAAGUAAAUGGAACCAGCUUCUAUACCAAAGCUUUUUUCUUUCCUUGGCAUGGAAAAAUUUAAGGCACACUCCAAAGGGAGGGAUAAUUGCAAAUUUUCACUAUUGUUUGCACAAUUCCAACUGCCCCAUUUUGGCGACUCCUCAGAAAUACUUCAUCUGCAACAGGAAUGGGGAGCCUGUGCUGCUUCUCUGCAUCCCUACCCCUCCGGGAUGUUGUCAGACCAGCUCCCAUCAUCAUUAACCAUUGGUGCCAUUUUUGGCUGCAGCAGAUGGGAGCUGGAGCCCUGUAUCAACUGCAGGCUCCCCAUCUCUGGUGUCCCGGCCACCAGUAUAACUUGACAGGCAGGAUAUUGUCUUCACUUACUGAUGUCCACAAGCUACUAGUUCAGGCCAUCACCUAUGCUGGCUUUGGUUUCUGUCCAGGUGGCUCACUUCUCAAAAUACGGUUUGCAAGAUUCUGAUGAGGAAGAUGAGGAGCACCCAUCGAAAGUCGAGGCAAAGAAACAGAAAACGGCUCAAGUGCCCCCGCCGGGCCUGUUGGCGUCUCAGCAAAUGGCUCUAGGUGGGAAACCAGCACCUCCUUCCAAGGUAAGGGAAAGAAAUAUGUGAACUGGAGCUCUUGUAAAAGGGAAGAUUGAAAUAAGUUACUCAGUGGCAGAAGAGGACAAGGCUCCACAUGGCAUUCACCAAGUUUAAGUGCAGGGGUUCUUCUUUCUCUCUCUCUCUCUCUCUCUCUCUCUCUCUCUCUCUCUCCCCGCCCAAAACAAAAAUUGGUCAUGCUCUCCUUGCUGCUGAUGAAGAAAAGAAAAGGCACAAGAGUGGCUGGCUGCAAUUCUUGCUUUUUUUCAGUUUCUUGUCGCAUCAUUUUUAGUAUUUUCCCCAAAUUUUAAUGAAUCAUCCACAAAACUAGCUGCAAUUCUCUCUUCUGGUCCUGAUGAUCCAGGAUAUAAGAGGACAGGUGAGCCUUGUUGCUUGUCUAGAAGCAGCAUGUAUAGGAAAGGGGUUUGUUUUGGCUCUCCUGUGCUCCAGGAGGAAGGGCAAGAUAUAAAACAAAGGAAUAGGUCAGAAUUUCAUCAGCUUAGGUUUCCACAGUUGGCCUCGUUCCAUCUGCCUGCCUGAAGCCGUUCCCUGGAACUCGGUUUAGUGGAGGGGUCAUGAUGAUGCCAGCCUAACACCACCUAUUGUGACAUGGCAUUGCCACACUGGUCUCUGUCUCCAGUCCUACAUGAUACUUGCUUUGCCAGCUCAGCAGCUGCUCUGUGUGGGGCACUCAGCCACAUCCAGAACUGGGGUGGGGAGGCCUGGGCUCUGCUGAUCUUUCGUAGCAGAAGUUUAUUACACGCUCCGCUCCUUUGGAUCUGUAUUGCAUUGCCUCUUAACUCCUGAUGCCUGCAGAGCCCAGACGUUGAGCAGCUUGGGAAGGUUGUGGAAUUUGACAGCGACAUGGCAGACAUCACUCAGGAGCCGUCCCAGGACUUGGUCACGGAAGAGAGUUUUGCAGAGGAGCAGGAACCAGUGCCAGCUUCUGCACACAUUGCUUCCUCUCUGGACAUCAACCCUCACACAUUGCAGGUGAGCCCCUCCUCGUUUGUGUUGCUUGCCUGGUAGGGUCCUCCUUUGGUCUUGUACUUGGACCUCACCACUUGUUCCUAUAACCGGGUACACCUGCUCUUCACUCUUUCUGCUCUGAGCCUUCUGUGCCCUGUAUCUGUUUGCUUCUAUCAUGUCAUCAUGGAUUCUUCUUUGCUGUGCUGGCUGAGGUUGAUGGGAGUUAUAGUUCAGUACAUCUAGAAGGCAUCAGGUUGGCCAAAGCUGCCUUUUCUGGGCAGCAGGACAGAACUUUCUCUCCCCAUCCCAGGUGGGACAGAUUUGACAGGUGGGCAGGGCUGCCCCUCUGACAUCACUUUGACACCAGGCUUUGGAUUUCUGACCAUCAGGGCUCCAAGUGCAGCAAGCCUGGGCUUCUCUUUGAGCAUCUGAAAGAAGUGGGUGGGUGUGGUUUGGGGUAGAGGGCCUCACAGGCCAAAUUGGACUCCCAGCGUGCCAGAAUCGGCCUCCAUGCCAGAGCUUCCCCACCCCUGCUGAACAUAUUUACAAGUCACAUGCCCUGCCUUUGGACCAGUCAGAAGACGCAGCCCUCAAACUGGGGGUCUCAGAAUGUCAGCAACCUAAAAGGUCCAUUUACAGUAACUGGGCAAAGGUUGCUUUUUAACUCAUUGGUUUUAUCUCUUGCUUUUAGCAUUGUUAUGUCAGUGGAUAUUGAAUAAGCACACUAGGGAAAAAACAACCUUCAACUUUUUAAAAGUCCUCUGUGAUGACCUUGCUCUGUACUUGUUUCCAGAUCAUGAAAGCUUCCUUGCUUGUGGAUGAGGAGGACUUGGACCUGAUCCUUGACCACCGUUUUGGCAAGCAAGCUGCACCAGUGGAUACAUCCCAAGACCUCUGUUCCCCCAGACUUCCCAUCUCCUCCUUGAUGCGAGGACACAAGAGCCGCCCCUCAGGUACAGUAAGAACCCCGGUCUUUGUGCUGGCGCCAAGGGGAAAACGGUUCUUAAAUGCUAAGCUCUGCUUGGUACAGGCUUUCUGAGGCUAAGCUGACAUUAUGCUUAGCACAUUGCUGCAAGGCAGUUCCUCUCAUGGCUUGGCCUUUGGGACUCUGUUCAACAAAGGAUUAAAUUAAAAAUAAAUUGGUUAAUGCUACAUUUCCAAGACUUUGUUGUUUGUUGAAUUGUGCUCUGUGAAUUUUCCUCCUGUGUAUGAACCACUUUUAAGACUUUUUGGAAUGGUGUCCAAUAAAUUAAGUAAAAGAAGUAAGGAAGCAUUUUGAGGAGGGUGGGGGGAGAGUAAGCCCCCCUAAGGCACCCCAGGCACUUUGGGGGAUGUGAUCUGUCAUUAAACAGAGGAGUGAGGCCUUUGGGCUUUUCACAACACAAAGUGUCACUGCAGACACCAAUGGCCAUCUGUACUAGUCAGUUUACAAAUACUAUGUUCUUUGAUGUAUUAUUCUGGCUGCUCUUAACGUUGAACCAGGGGGAGCAUUUGGGAUCCAUUUAGGAAAAAGCCCACACAUUGCAAUCAGUUUAGAAUAGGAGUGGGGCGAAUCCAGGGCUCACGUAACCCUGAAGAAAACCAGACAGGAGUGUUUGGGAUCCCAGAGCAGUGCUGCAUAUACCAUUUCUGCCCAUAGACGGACAUUAACGCACAUGUCCCCAGCAAAGUGACAUGAUCCCACAACCUGAGCAAAGUUCAGGAUGAAACCCAUGGGGCUCUCAUAAGGGUUCCUCACAUGUUGCUGUGGAAACUCGAGGUUUCCAGUGUGACAAUUAACCAUCAUAGGUAACGUCAGUCUUUUCUGUGGCGUCCAUUCACCCAUUCAGUUGCGUGAUAAGGUGAUGUACACACAGGUCUGAACCAAUCAUUCAUUGAAGAUUGUGACUGUAACUUUUGGCCUUGAAUGAAGGCCUGGAAGCUUCAGCUGGUUUGAAAUGCUGCUGCCUGAGUCCUAACAGGGACAGGAAUUGGGGAGCAGUAGGCAUGUUGCAACCUUCCCUCAGGCCACCGGAAGCCAGCGCACUUGCGUCCAGAAGCAUGCUUUUGGGUGGGUGGGGUGUUAGAAUGGUGAUCUGUUAGAAGUCUUGUCUUCCUAAUCAAGGCCUUCCUUCUCCUCCUUAGUUGGGGGGCUGCUGCAGUCAAGACUCUCGGGCGGAUCUUUACGCGUCCCAACUACUUCCCUCCAAGACAGACGCAGUCCAAGGACUUCCUUGCUGGCCAGCGCUCUUCCUGCCCCGCCUUGGUCCGUCGGUUCUCCGCUGACCGGUGCAUUCACAAUGCCCAGCCUGGAGCCUGACAUGCCGCUGAAAACAGUGGGCGUCCGCAGGCAUCCCGAGCUGGUGCCUCUGGAGAAGUCUGUCACCUACGGGAAAGGAAGGCUGCUGAAGGAUAUGGCCCUCUUCAUGGGACGCUCCUUCCGUGUCGGCUGGGGGCCCAACCGGAUCCUCGUCCACAGCGGGGAGCAGCUGAGCACACUGAGUGAGCCAGAAGAUCUCCACAACGAAUCCAUGGAGUAUGGAUUCUUGCCAACACCUGUUGCUCCUAAACAGUGAGGCGUCAUUCUGUUCUUAAAUAUCAGUCUUCUGAGGUGUUAUGCAGUGAGCUGAGUUAUCUGGCUGGCUAGUCUAGUUUGCACUGAUGUGGGCUUUUGCCACAGAGGCAGGACUAAUUUCUUCUUACCUGUUCACCCUAGAGGGUGGGUGGGGAACCUCAUGCACUUUUCUCAGCCUGCUGCACUUGGUAUCUGGAGUUCUGCUGCACUGCAAGACAAUCAUUCCUGCCCUGGUUUUUUGUUUACAGUGGUACCUUGGGUUAAGAACGUAAUUCAUUCCAGAGGUCCGUUCUUAACCUGAAACGGUUCUUAACUCUGAAGCGUGCUUUUGCUAAUGGGGCCUCCUGCUGCCUCUGCACCGCUUGUGCGCAAUUUCCGUUCUUAUCCUGGGGCAAAGUUCUUAACCUGGAGCAACCACUUCCUGGUUAGCGGAGUCUGUAACCUGAAGCGUCUGUAACCCGAGGUACCACUGUAUUUCCUAAAAUUUAUGUAUUGCUGGGGGGGUGGUGUAAGAGUGCUGGUCUUCCUUCAGCAGAGCAGGUUCCCUCUCCCUACCGUGUUCUGAGCUCACUUGCAGCAUAACAGAAACCUUUUCCAGGACCUGGCAUAUUGGUCUCUCCUGGCAGAAAUUGCCAUCUUCCAAUAAUACAGAGAGGCAGCUCUCUCAGCACAGCACCUUGACAUCACUUGGCUCCUCCAGAAGCAGCAAAGCUUUCUGAUUAUAACCGUUGGAAACUGCUGAGUUUGCCGCCUUGUCCUCUUUCAAUGCAUAGGGCCUGUGCAUGAUGAAUAUUUUCUUACUAUGGUGCUCCUUUUAAGCUGAUGGUCUGGCUGAAAUUCUGUGCUAUUUUAUCAAAUGGAUGGUUGUGAAUAAACCCACAAAUGAAGAAGCAAUUUGGGUGUCUCUGAGAAAAUGUUUCUCACCACCUACAUACCCCAUGCUUAAACUUUUGAAGCUGUGCUUAAUUUGUAAGCUUCCUUGAGAGCAUAUUAUUUAGAAGGCAGCCUGUGUUUAUUUUUAAAUAAUUGAAUAUUGCCGUGACAGAGCCACUCAUCUCCCUUGAUCUGUGUUCCCGAUGCCUCUGCAGGCUCUCGGAGUCUCCCUUUAAGGUUCACGUGGAGAAGCUGAGCUUGGAAGGAAAGGCAGCUGACGAGGACCUAGACUCGUACCUUGUUCCACUGGAGAUCAAGCUGAAGCAGAGCACUGUCCACAUGGAUGAGCCGUGCCCUUUCCUGACUCCCAACCCUGGCGUAGCUGCUAUCCAUGAGUAUGCCAGGUGGGCAACGGAGACGUCUGCUGACCCAGAAGAAAGGGAAGAAGGUGGGCACAAAACUGGAUGCCAAAGAAAAGGAAUUUGGGGUGGGGGGGAGGAAUUGGAAAUGUCAGGUUGAGCUCCUAUCAUGUUGAGGGAGGGCAAGAGUGGCAUGCUCUCUCGCUCUCCCCCAGAGUACCCAACUACAUAGUCAGUUGCAUUUGCCCAAAAAUCAGCUUUUUGAGGAAAGUCUGCUCUGUCCUGUGGCUGUGAAGAGGCAAUUCUGCCUUGGCCAGCGGUGGAUGGUGCAUGCAGGCAUUGAAUCGCUGCUUAGCAUCUUUCCAUGUCCCAGUCCCAUGUCCCACCAUGGGCUCAUGCCCCUGCACCUGUUUCAGAGCAGAAUCACCGUGGAAGACACAGUGAGGCAGGGCGUUCUGGUAACAGGCCGGCCUCCUGCUGUCUCCAGCAGCUGCUGUUGCCCUCCCAAGCUGUGAUGCAUGGAGAGCUGGUGGGUGCUAGGAACAGGAGAGACUUCUUGGUCUUUCUUGCUAUGGAUGCAAUUUCAAGGGGCCAAAAACUGCAGCAUCUUGGCAGGAUCAGGUGUAAGCUUUUGCGGACCCUUGGUGCCGUCAUAGAAUUGGAUUUGGAAAGCCCAAGGUGACUUGGUGGCACUGGGUAUUUCUGGCCUCACCUUCAUGGUCCAGAUCACAGCUGGCCAUAAGCAGAGAGUGGAAGGUGAUUGACGGAGCAGAGGUAGCAGUGCACAGUUCAGAAUUUAAGCUACAGUGUGGGGUAAGGGUGGAAUGGCCUUAGGAGCCCCCUGCUGCACGUGUGUGGCUGGGACCCUGUUUGCAGCUGCCUCAUGGGAUAGCACAGGGCAGGCCUGCAGGGUCGUGUGCUGAUCUCUCUCUGCCCUCUCGCCAGCUGCAGUGAAAGACUGGUGCCUGGUAUGGACCCUGUGUGAGGCGCUCUGGGGCCACUUGAAGGAGCUGGAGGCCCGCUUGGAUGAGCCCACGGAGUACGUCCUUGCUCUGGAGCGCCGGAGAGCCUUCUCCCGCUGGCUGUCACAAACGGCUGCUGAGCGGAUCAAGAACGAGGUCUCGCUCGCCCAGAACGACAGUCCCGCCCAGGCCGUCUUCAGCUACCUUACUGGGAAGCAGAUCAGCGAAGCUUGCCGGCUGGCGCAACAUUCUGGUAAGACGGCGGCUUUUCACCUGGAGCCAGGAUCUAAUAAGGAAUCUGCUGGUUCCCGUGGGCAGAAAUGGUGUACGGCCAGUGCUGCUUAGUGGGUUGCCUGGAGAGGGCGCAGCAAGCUGAAUCUUGAAUUACAGGCUGUCCCUUCCUCUGGUCAGGGUAUUGGAGGCCCUUUUGCCUCCAGAGUGAGGAGUCUCAGGAGAGAAGUAGGUGGCUUAGUAGUGGGUUUCCCUGGAUGAAGGCCCAGGCUUGCGGAAAGGUGCUUAUCUGUUCCUUGGAAAUUGCCAGCGCCAAGAGGAAAGCUCUCCUUUGCCCGCAUCUUGACAUAAAUUUGGCUUCCUUCAGCACAGCAAAGAGCUUUGGCCCGAGGAAGUUGUUUGUUUCUGCAGGGCUGGUAGGAGGGAAAUGCAGAGUUCCAUUGUAAACUCUUCACCCCUCAUUCUUCUCUGCUUUAGCUGCUCCCUAGAAAAGGAUUGGAAGGGGAUUUGGGUGUGUCUUCCCAACUAGAUCAGCUUCUUGAAUUUCUAGGUGAGCAACACCAAAAAAAAACAACCCCUGCCUUACAACAGGCUUAAAUGAAGCGAUCCUUGCUGAUGAUAUUGAGGGUGGGCUACGUGCAGCACUCCCCAAUCAAGAAGCAAUCUAUCAUGUAGACUUGGUUUUCCUAUGGGCAGUUAUAUUCUGCCUAAGUCAGUGUGGUCCUUCCCCCUCCAAAAUAUGUGCUAGAGCACCAAUGUCUGCACUGCUGCCAUCUUUUGGCCAGGUAGUUCACAUUUCAGGAGAGGCUGCUCACGGGGGUUUGUGUCUCUUCUGAUGUGCUGCUGUUGCGUUACAGGGGACCACCGGCUGGCUCUGCUCCUCUCGCAGCUGGCAGGAAGCCAGGAUGUCCGGGAGCUCCUUGCCAUGCAGCUGGCAGACUGGCAUCAGCUCCAGGCAGACUGCUUCAUCCAGGAGGAGAGGCUGCACAUCUUUGCCCUUUUAGCUGGCAAGCCGGUGAGUUGCGGAGCCUGGGCACUGCUCGGCCACUUGCAUUAAGAGGGUCACAUGUACACACAACGCCGUCACCAGGCCAGCGAGCCUCUGUGGGUGUCCCUCUUGCGCAGCAGAGCUACUGUGUUGGGCUCUGUGCCUGGCCCACACUGACACUCUGCCUCGGCCCUUUCCCUCACUUCUGCAGGUGUGGCAUUUGUCAGAGAGGAGGAGCAUCAACAUCUGCGCCCAUCUGGAUUGGAAGCGUUCUCUCGCCAUCCACCUCUGGUACCUGCUUCCUUCUACAGCGCCUCUUUCCAAGGCCCUCAGCAUGUAUGAAGCCGCAUUCCAGGUAGGUGGAAGUGGCAGUCCUGUUUGGCCAGAGGGCCAACCUUGAGCCCUAUCCCUAGAGCUGAGGCACUCCGGCCUGUUGCUGCCUCCUGAAGGAAGGACAGGAUGAUGUGCUGUGCCUCUGCUGAGCUCCCUUUGCUCUUUGGUAUAUGCAGGAACAUCACAGAUGUUCUGGAACAGACUAAGUGUCUGUGUCUAGGUCUGCAUCUGGUUUCCCACAAGGGACACCCAGAGACCCCCACCAGAAGCCCAUAAGCAGGGCGUGAGAGCAGGCCCCCCUCUCCUCCUCCUGCCUCUGAUCCUGUGGGGUGGGUAGAACUGGCAGCCAUUCCCCGCCUGUCAAACUUGCCUUGAGGGGAGGGGAGGCGGGAGAGACAAGGAUCCAGCUCAGUUUCCAGCUCCCCACCCCAACGUCUCUCUAGUGCCUCCUCGGAACAGGCAUACGCAGGAGAGAGGCCUUUCCUUCUUCCUGCAGCUGCUUCCCCUCACUCAGUGGUAUUGUGUUCGCAGGACUCCUCAGAGGGAGAGAAGUAUGCUUGCUCUCCACUGCCUCCGUAUCUGGAAGGCUCAGGCUGUGUGAUUGAGGAAGGCGAUCAACAACACCCGCUCCGAGACGUGUGCUUUCACCUGCUAAAGCUCUACAGUGAUAGGUAACUCUUCCUGUUUUCCUGCACCUGCUGAAGGCGGACUCUGCUCCGCAGAUAUUCAGCUCUCGUAAAUCUUUUGGUCUUUUAAGGUGACACAAGACCCUUUGCAACAGACUUCACAAGGCUGUCCCUCCGGAAUCUCUUUCCUCCUUGUGAACUCAGGUUAUGCUGCAAAUGUGGUGACCUACCAAGAAGAUCCUGGUUUCUGCCCACUCUGCGGGGAGGAGCUCCCCAGAUAUUGUCAUUGAUAUCAUUAUUGUUUAUUAAAUUUCUAUGCCGCCCUUCAUAUGAGGAUCAUAGGGUGGUUUACAAUAUAAAAAUACAUACCAUAGUAACAAAUGAAAGCAAUAACACACACAGUUUAAAAGACCGUAGAUGGUUUAAUUAGCCAAAGGUCUGGGAGAAGAGGAAUGGUAAGCAUCCUGCUUAAAAAGUCCCAAAUCAAUUUACAGCCAUCUGGUUGGCCACUGUGAGAUAGCUGUGAAAUAAGAUUGGCCACCAGUCUGGUCCAGCGGGCUCUCCUCGUGUUCUUAUGUUCUAAAGUGUUUUUAAAAAGUAUGUCCGGUGGGGGAAGCGGGGGACAUAAACAGAAAGUUGUGUGCCUGUCAAAACAGCCAUGGGACAUACAAUACCCCUUUCCCUCCACUCUCCUGUAUAUAUUGUGUGGAGGGGGAUACUGAAGUCCAGGACCCUAGAAGCCUAACAGUGGUGGGAAUUUAGUUUAUCUACAUUGCUUCUUUGUCAUCUCCAGCUUAAGAGUUCUAGUUAUGAUUCCUAUCCAGUGGAUAUUGAGCCUAACACUGGAAUGUCUCUGUGGCUCAUUCAAAAUUCAGUAUUGGGGCGGAGAGGGAGAGAGGAAGAGGCAUUGGUGCCAGGAAAUGACUUCUGUCUUGCAUGUGGCAAACUGAUAAUACAAGCUGAAAUACUAGAAAGAUUGGAAACGCUAAGAAACAAGCUGGCUGGGAAAGACUUACAUAAGGAAACUAAGGUGGACGUCCAAAGUAAGAGCAAGAGCCCUUCCAAAAUAAUCAUCUCACAAGAACCCGAUUCAGCGGCUCGUCGACCACGUAACCUUCAGAUAAAGGCAGAGAUUAAUCUACCUGCAAUCAAGAAAGUACAACUUACAAAGGAGAACAAUGCAUCGCUCCCUAUAAGGAAAAACAUGCCCAAGGAAACCUCACCAGGCUUUUGGUCCAAAAUGAGAUACUUAGAUGAAGCGGAAUUAGGCUACAACCAGGUAGAAUACCCCCAGGAGGAGGCCUUGUACAGCAAAGGCCCAGUGUCUACCAAUGUGAGCACUUUACAUUUACCAUCUGACACCAUAGAACUCCUGGGCAGCUCUCCAUGCAAGGAUGACAGACGGCUGCCUCGUAGAAUGGGAAACUCUAACAGUACCUUGGAAGAUAAUUGACAAGGAGUGGAUUUUGGUAAAGCCAACCUUAGCUUUUUAUCAUGGAAUAUCGCAGGAUGGCAAAAAAAGGCAGCUGACCCAUCCUUUGUUAAAUUUAUCCAAGGCUACGACAUAGUAUUUUUACAGGAGACAUGGCUCACAGGAGACCUAGAAGUUAACGGCUUUUCCUCAAUGUCCCUCACAGGUUCCCCAGCACUAAAGGGGGGAGAGUCAAGGGUGGCCUAGGCAUUUUAAUAUCUACAAGGUUGAGGGCGUCCUUAGUAAAGCUAGAGACACUGAAACACCUGGCUAUGGCCUUACUAGUGAAAAGUAGAUUCUUCACCCUGCUACUGAUUAAUGUAUAUCUUCCCCCCCAAAGAGGCAAGCAGCUGAUUAAAAACACCUGGCAUGGGCUGGAAACAUACAUUGAUGGUUUGAUGACUCAAACCCCCCAGCUUCAGUGCUAGUGGCUGGUGAUCUUAAUGCCAGAAUUGGCCAGUCUGACGAAGCACUAUAUGCACACUUCCACGACUCGCCACCUAUUGUGGAAGAAAACCACCUUAUACCCACCAGACUCUCAAAAGACAAGGGAUGUAAUUAUGCAGGUUUGUGCCUAUUGCGGCUUUCUAACAAGCUGGACCUGGUCAUACUAAAUGGGCGCAAGAAUGGGGAGACCUGUGGGAAUUUACUUUUAUAUCAAAUGCAGGAGCUUCCACUAUCGACUAUGUUAUGGUAUCAUUUAAUCUCCUAAAUAGAGCCCUUGAGUGCAAAGUGGAGGAGAGGGUUGAUAGUGAUCAUUUACCGCUCUGCCUCCUCCUGGAUGCAAGAAAAGACUUAUUUUGCAAUGAUAAACUUGAAGCCCCCAGGUCCUCCAACAUGGAGUUGAGAUACUCACGUAUUAGAUGGUCCGAAAAGCUGAAUGCCGAAACAUCUGAAAGGCUAUACUCGGACACAUUCCUCAUGAGAAGAGAUAAUCUCUUAAACCCACCAUGUUCUGAAUCUAGAAUAAUCUUGUUCCAGGAGCUGAUCUCACUUUUGCAACCCCACCUGAUCCAAAAAAGACAUCGCGCCAACCUAUAUUCCCCAACAAAUCCAAACCCUGGUUUGAUCAGGAAUGUAUUGCUACAAAGCGUUCUUUGCUGGAUAAGUACAGGAAUUACAAAUCAGCGAACUUACCCUUGCUUCCCGCGGAAUGGUUCGAAGCCAAACGUAAAUAUAAAGAUCUGAUUAAAAGAAAAAGCUUCAGGCCCAAAGGGAGGAGUGGCAACGUUUAUUAGAGGCCUCUCGAAGGAAAGACUCAGCCACCUUUUGGAAAAUAGUCGCGAAAAGUUGGCAAGACUCCCGAUUGAAAUUGAUUAUACUAUACCAGUUGGGAUUUGGGAGGCUUACUUUCUAUCUUUAUAUACAUCAAAUCAACAUCUGCAGGCCCUGCCCCCAGCUCCGAGUGAUAUUGGCGCCGAAUGGCCCUCAGUAGCAACUGAAGAGAUCUAUAGGCUCAUCCAAUCCCUUAAACCUGGAAAAGCACCCGGCGUAGACAACAUUACACCGGAACUCCUUAAGGCUAAUGUUGAAUGGUGGGCCCCUGUGCUAGCUGCCCUAUUUACCAGCAUAGACCAAUCGGCCACUAUCCCUGAGGAUUGGGGAUUAGCAAUCAUCAUCCCUUUAUUCAAGAAAGGGAGCCGAUCAGACCCGGCUAAUUACAGGCCAAUUAGCCUCCUAAGUAUCAUUAGCAAAUUGUACGCUGCCCACCUAUGCGGCAAAUUAGUGGACUGGUUGGAACAAGACCACAUUCUUUCAGAAGCACAGGCUGGUUUUAGGGCAAAUCGGUCAACCUUAGACCAGGGCCUUGUUCUCCAACAUCUUGCGGAGAAAUAUACAUCAAGAAAAGGAGGUUCCCUAUACGUGGCCUUUAUAGAUUUCAAAUCUGCUUUUGAUUUAAUACCGAGGGACAGGCUCUGGGGAAAGCUAAGCGCCGCAAAUAUAAACAAACGCCUACUGUAUCUCAUCCACAGUCUAUAUGAAAAUACACGGAUUCGGGUAAGGUGUGACCGACAGGGCCACCUAUCCAAGGAAAUCCAAAUCCAUCAGGGGGUCAGGCAAGGGUGUGUCCUUGCGCCUACUUUAUUUAACUUCUAUAUCAACUCGCUAGUAGGACAUAUGGAGAAAGAAAAUGCCCAUCCCCCCAAAUUGGCUGGUACGCCCUCCCGGUCCUUUUAUAUGCGGAUGACACAGUUCUAAUUUCUUUUUCUUGUGUUGGAUUAAGAAAACUUUUGAGAUCUUUCACCAAAUACUGCAGCAUCGAACAAUUAACAAUUAACUACAACAAAUCCAAAGUUAUGGUGUUCUCCAAAAAAAGGAGGAGGCACAAAUGGAGAAUAGACAACCGCUUAAUAGAACAGGUAGCAACCUUUAAAUACCUGGGUGUAACCUUCCAGGAAAGGGGCUCCUGGCGCUUUCAGAUUAAUAAUACUAUUGCAAAUGCAGAAAGAUCUACCAAAGCGUUAAUAAGAUUCUUCUAUGGGAAAGGAGGCCAGUACAUACCGGCAGCCUCCCAGGUCUUUGCUGCCAAAAUACUACCACAAUUGUUAUAUGGAUCCCAGAUCUGCAGUUUUAAAAACCUUACUCUCCUAGAGGCAUUUCAAACUAAGUUUUUCCGCUGCCUGCUGGGGAUCCCCUCUUGCGUAUCCAACAUAGCAGUCCGUUUGGAGGUUGGGCAAAUUCCGAUCAGUACCCGGAUAUGGAUAUUGAAGAUCCAUUACUGGCUAAAGCUUAUUUUCUUCCCGGUUGGGCUGGCACCUUUGACCUUAUUGGAUACCUACCAAUCCAGAUGGAAGGCUACACUGCUGGAAAAGCUUAAAGGCUUGGGGAUCCCACAGCAGACCCUGAUAGCCACAGGCUUCGAGAAAGCUAGGACCACAAUUCGCCAGCGUAUCUGGGAUGUAGAAUUACAAUGCCACAUGAGUGAAAUGAUCAAACAUCCUGCAAUAAGGGACUAUGGGAGAGGUUUUUCUCCAGCUAACUAUCUGUCAGGUCUCCAGGUACCUAAAUACAGACGGUCUUUUACCCUCGCCAGAUUCAACGUUCUCCCUUCUGCCUUACUUCAGGGCAGAUUUGAGGGUAAACCAUACGCAGCGCGGGUCUGCCCCUGUGGCUCGUUGGAGGUUGAGACUGCUGCACAUGUACUGUUGCGUUGUCGUUUUUAUGAGGACAUACGUUCGACUUUUAUUGCUCCUGUUUUGCGGAAGUCCGGGAAGGAGUCGGAACACCAUGGUUUGGAACCGCUGCUAGAGGACAAGAAUCCCAAGACUACAUUAAAUGUAGCCAAAUUCUGUGCGGCUGCAAUUAGUCGCAGGAAGCAAGUGGUAUCCCAUGGUGACCAAACCCCCAAGUGUUGAUAGCAGGGGGCAUGCUAAUAAUUAAUUUUAAUUUUUUAAUUAAUAAUAAUUAAUUUUAAUUUUUUAUAUUUAAAUGCUUGUUAUACUUAUAUUGCCCUUUGUAUUUUAUAUAUAUAUUUUUUAUGAUCUGUGAUGUUGUGUGUGUUGGCGCUGGUCUGUGACCGUAUUAAUAAAUUCAUUCAUUAUCCAGUGGAUAUUGAGCCUAACACUGGAAUGUCUCUGUGGCUCAUUCAAAAUUCAGUAUUGGGGCGGAGAGGGAGAGAGGAAGAGGCAUUGGUGCCAGGAAAUGACUUCUGUCUUGCAUGUGGCUGUGGGCAGUCCUGCUAGUCUCAUGAAAGGUCAUUUCCCCCAAAGCGUUUGCCCCGGUUUGCCCUUUAGGCCUGGACUUCCAGACCCUUCUGCUUCCAUGGAAAGUCUUUCAGCGCGCGGCACUGUGAACUGGAGUGUGGGCCCCACUUUGGCCAGCCUGCUUAUGCUGUUUCCUUCCUUCCUCGUGUUCCCUUGCAGGUGUUACGAUCUCCACCAGCUGCUUGACCCAAAGAGCAUAACAGCGGACCCCUUGGACUACCGCCUCAGCUGGCACCUGUGGGAAGUGCUGCGUGCCUUAAAUUACACCCACCUCUCAGAGCAAUGCCAGGGAGUGCUGAACGCCAGCUUUGCAGCCCAGCUGGAGAGCGAGGGGCUGUGGGAAUGGGCCGUCUUUGUGCUUCUUCACACCCCCAGUGCAAAGUAAGUGUGGAGCCCUCCUUUGUCUUGCAGGGGUGUGGGGGUUUUAUCGGAUUUCUUCCCACAGGAGGAGGGAGGUGCAUCCUGUCAACAUAGCAUCAUGCUAUCUGAAAUGGUGGCAUCCUCUUUGGGGUAGAGUAUGAAGAAAGAAGAUUUCACCUAAACAUUAGGAAGAACUUCCUGACAGUAAGAGCUGUUCGACAGUGGAAUUUGCUGCCAAGGAGUGUGGUGGAGUCUCCUUCUUUGGAGGUCUUUAAGCAGAAGCUUGACAACCAUAUGUCAGGAGUGCUCUGAUGGUGUUUCCUGCUUGGCAGGGGGUUGGACUCGAUGGCCCUUGUGGUCUCUUCCAACUCUAUGAUUCUAUGAUCCACUCUCAUUUAACAGCACUGCUACUAAUAAAAUUGGUCCUGUGAGCUCUGAACAUGCACAAGUUUUUAGCAAAAGACCCACUGAUGUGCUACAAAGUUUUUAAGAACUAUUCUCCAAAACACAAGCCUGUUUAACAAAGAUUGUAUUAAAAUAUUUUGAAAUCUUUCAAUGAAAUAGAGAAAUUAACUUUUCUUCCUUUUGAGUCAUAUUCUAAGAACUGAUUCAAACAUGCAUGCGCAUCAUAUAAAAUUUCUCAUAAGUUAAUAACGCAGCUUAAUAAUACUGACUUAAAAUCCGUUGUGGUUUUCGAAUAAUACCAGCAAUAUCAUUCAUUAGGUAUAUGAUAUAAUACAUUUUGAAUUGAUUUGAGAUGAUAGCAAUAACAUGUAUUGACAGCAAAGAAUGGUAAUUUGAUUUAUGGAGUAGAUGGGAAGUCAGAUUUAAAAGGAAGAGACCAUUACAGUUUAUGGAUUAUGAAAUGUAUAUUAAUUCUGUAUGUAAUGCGAGACUGAUGAUAUUCUUAUUAUGGUUUAAUUUGUCGUUUUGUUGUUGUUUUGUGUUGAGCAAAUAAAAUAUUUUUUUAAAAAUGAAGUUAAUAACACAGCUGAAUACUUGAAGGGACUUGAACAGGACUGUGUCUGAGAUUUAUCCCAUCGGGUGAUUGAUCAGUAAUGGCUCAUUCAUAUGUUCCUUUGGUACUACAGUCUUUUAUAACUUGCUUACACAAUGUUGAGGGCAGCCUUACCCAACCUGGUGUCCUUCCCCCAGGCGCUUGGAGCUACCGUUCUCUUAAGCUGGAACUUGGAGAGGAACCUGGGGCAGAAGGUGUGGGUGGGUGGCAUGAUCAGAUGAGCCUACAGUUAAGCUGUCCCUCCGUCUAGCUUGGGAGAGUCUACUGUGAGUGGCAGGCAGUGGUUCUUCCAGGCCUUGGCCAGAGGAAGGACUUUGACAGCUCAGCCGCUGGACAGCCUUUGACAGGAGAUGCCUCAGGGGUGGAACCUCAGAUCUCUUUGCGAAAGAUGUGCUUUGCCACUGAAGACCCAGUAGAUUGGGGGCAGGGAGCAGCACUUGGGACCAUUUUCCUGGCUGAAUUGUGCGCAUAGAGCUAUUGCUGUACCCUCCUGCUUUAUGCAAGGUCAUACAAAGAGCGUUUCUCUUCCCACCAGCGUGCGAGAGAGAGCCGUGCGUGAGCUGCUGAACCGCCACUGCAGAUUGCAGGAGACGCCCGAGUCGUGGAGCAAGGAAGCCUUCCUGAUGGAGAGGUUGUGUGUGCCGCCAGAGUGGAUCCACGAGGCCAAAGCCGUGAGGGCCAGGAUGGAAGGGGACAAGCAUAAGGAGGCUCUCUACCUGUUCAGGGCAGGGCACUGGAAUCAGUGCCACAGGCUGGUCAUCAGGCACUUGGCUUCAGGUAAAGCUUCCUUCCUUCCUUCCUUCUCCCGGGGCAUGGCGGUAAACAGGGCGUCUAACUGAGUUUUGGACUGUCUUUACCAAAACAAAAAACCUGCAAACACUCAGUAGGAUUUUGCCUUGCUUCCUAAGAGGAGGGGGCUUCUAUCAUUAUUACAGUGAUACCUUGGGUUAAGAACUUAAUUCGUUCUGGAGGUCCGUUCUUAACCUGAAACUCUUCUUAACCUGAGGUACCACUUUAGCUAAUGGGGCCUGCCGCCACUGUGCGAUUUCUGUUCUCAUCCUGAAGCAAAGCUCUUAACCCGAGGUACUGUUUCUGGGUUAGUGGAGUCUGCAACCUUUAGCUUCUGUAACCUGAAGCAUCUGUAACCCGAGGUACUACUGUAUUUAUUAAAUUUGUACGCUGCCCUUGGGUGGUUCACAACAUAAAUAUACAAAAUGAAAAUACAAAAUGCAUAAUUAAGCAAAGGCAGCUCAAUAACCCCCCUCUCACAAAACCCAUAGAAUGUUAUUCAACAUAGGGGAUAAAAUUGAACCCUGAGGAACCCACACUGAAGGCUCCACGGGUCUGAAGAGCACUCCCCAAGCAUCACCCUCUGGAAAUAACCACCCAAGUAGGACCAGAAGCACCGCAAAGCAGUGCCACCCACCCAUAACUCUUGACGGCUGCUCCAGAAGGUUGCCAUAGUCAUUGGCAUCAAAAGCUGUUGAGAGAUUGAGGAGAAUUAACAGAGACCCAUUUCCCCUGUCUCAUUCCCAACAGGUCAUCAUACAGGAUGACCAAAGCAGUUUCUGUGCCAAUUUAAAGGGCUCUGGAAAAUCAGUUUGGGAGUCCUCAACAUCGCCUCUGAGACUAGUUCUAUCAACUGAGGCAGUGAGAUCUCUGGGCAGUGAGGCAGGUGGUAAACCAGCAGAAUCCCUAAUUUGUCCCAGUUGCCCAAAGCCAAGGACACACACUCUAGAUUCCACCCCUCCUUACAAAUUGAACAGACACCCUCAGGAGGCGAAGGUGCCCUCUCCUAGUGGUGUUUCUUCUUCCUGGUCACAGCUUCAGAAUGCCACGUGUCCCAUUCUUGGCGUAGAUGUUGCCCACAUCUGAAAGUCGUGUCAAUUUCAACAUCUAUGCCUGCCUUCUGGCAAGUUGCUGUUUUACCAAACGUUCUGCCAGGCACAGUAGUGUUGAAGUUCUCUUAUUUGUUCAUCACUUGCUGUUUCCCUCUUUCAGAUGCCAUUAUUAACGAAAACUACACCUAUCUGAAAGGGUUCUUGGAAGACCUGUCUGCUCCAGAGCGUAGCACCCUCAUCCAGGACUGGGACACCGCAGGGCUGGUUUUCUUAGACUACAUCCGGAUCAUUGAGAUGCUUGACAGGAUUCAGCAGGUGACACACUCAGGACGAGGAUGGGGUCAUUGCAUUUGUACCCCUCCUUUUUCUCCCAAGGAACUCCCAGGGGCUUGCGCGCUUCUCCCUCAUUUAAUCCUCACAACAGCCCUGUGAGGAAGGGGAGGCUGAGAGGCAGUGACUGGCCCAAGGCCACCCCGGGAGCGUCAUGGCUGCAUGGCGACAUGAACCCCAACCUCCCAGGUUCUAGUCCAGUACUCUAACCACCACACCAGACUGUUGCAUCCUGCCUGCUCCCUUACAGAGAGCACUCUUGGGAAUUUUCCUCUUCCCAGUCACACGCUGAUCGAGCCUGAUGUGCGUAUUCAGGGAAAGCUACACUGCGUGCCCCUGUUGAAGCUAGUUCAAAAUAUAGGGAGUAAUGCAUGGGAAGGCAAACUAAGGCCCGGCGGCCGGAUCUGGCCCAAUCGCCUUCUAAAUCCGGCCUGCGGACGGUUUGGGAUUCAGUGUGUUUUCACAUGAGUAGAAUGAGCCCUUUUAUUUAAAAUGCACCUCUGGGUUAGAAAAAUUAGAAUAUCAUGGAAAAGUUCAUUUAUUUCAGUAAUUCAACUUAAAAGGUGAAACUAAUAUAUGAGAUAGACUCCUGGCAUGCAAAGUGAGAUAUGUCAAGCCUUGAUUUGUUAUAAUUGUGAUGAUCAUGGCAUACAGCUGAUGAAAACCCCAAAUUAACAAUCUCAGAAAAUUAGAAUAUUAAAUGAAAUCAGCAAAACAAGGAUUGCAAAUAGAGCAAGACUGGACCUCUGAGAAGCAGAAGCAUAUCUCACUUUGCAUGUUAUCUCAUAUAUUCGUUUCACCUUUUAAGUUGAAUUACUGAAAUAAACUUUUCCACGAUAUUCUAAUUUUUUGAGUUUUACCUGUAGUCUGGCUCCCCACAAGGUCUGAGGGACAGUGGACCGGCCCCCUGUUGAAAAAGUUUGCUGACCCCUGGAGUAAAGCAUCUGAAUGUUCCUGUGUUGAGACAUUCCCUGCAGGUGAAAAAUAAAUCAGCUAGCAUGUCAAGGAAAAAAUGUUCCUUUGGACGUGCUGGUUUUCUACUGGCAGGGAGAUGGGCUUACCAAGGGAGGGUGUGACCUGUCGAAAUCUCUGCUACGACCGAGCUCCUCCUCCGGUCGAGCCUUUGGAAUCUCCUCCGACGAUGAUUAACGACCUGAGCCUUUGAUAAGGCUCCAGGCACAUUCUCCAUUCAGCAGAGUAUCAAAGCAGCAGAAGAGAAAUUUGAGCUACAUUGCUAGGUUUUAUUUCUAACUACGCAGACAGAAAAGAAAUAUACAUGCUCUCUCUGUGAAAGGCAGAGAGCAACUGGAAAACAAAAGGAACAGGAAACCAGUAACAUCACAUCCGUCUCCUACCUUUCGUGAGACUUCCAGCAGCCUGGAAUCUCUGGAAUGCAAAACAGAGUCUUGUGACUCCAAGCACUGCACAGUGGCAUAAACAGAAACCAACAUGGCCAUGCAGUUGAUGUAUGGGGGUCUUUCCAUUUGCUGUGCUCUUCCCACAAGGAGAGGAGAAGGAGAUAGCCCUCUUUUUUCUUAGGCUCUAGUGCCCCGCCAUGAGCAUGGACACUUAAAUGCUGCAAAAGGUGAUUCAGAGGCUGAGACUUGCCUGCUCACUGUGUCUUCUAGCUUGGGGGUGGGGGAGUGAGGGGGAACUGCCAGGACUCCCCAGGCGCAUGCGGCUCAGCUUCCCAUUCCAGUGAUCUGAGGAAUUUCUGGGAGGGAGAAGAGCUUCAGGGGGCUUCACCGGGCCGGGGGCUGUUUGAAUAGUAAUGGUGGCCAUCGGAUGCACCAUUGCGAACACUUGCCUUGAGAUUAGGAGGGGAAAUCUGCCCCGUGGAAAUUCCUCUGGAAGCCUGGCAUGAGACAUUUUAAUAAUGAGAAAAAUCCCCAGUGGGACUGUUGUCACCCCAGUGAGUGAUGCUUCUCCCUUCUCCUGGAUUUGCUUUUCAGCUGGAUUGUUCUGGGUACGAACUGGAGGAGCUGCACACUAAAGUGACGUCCCUUUGCAACAGGAUAGAGCUGCUCCAGUGCCGCAAUGCCAAGGAUAGGCUGGCUCAGUCUGGUAAGGCUGUGGGCACGCUGAUUCCUUCCCUUUUAAUAAUAAUAAUAAUAAUUCUCUUCUGCAACGUGGCUCUGAUUCUUCAUGGCCACUGUCAUGUAAAAAGCAGCACCUGGAGGCUUUUGUGGUGUGGAGUUUAGGUGACGCCACAAGUCCAUGUUGGUGGUUUGCAGUUGCCUUGUGGAACAAUGCAGGGCACAGGGAAUGUUGCAAAAUGUGGGCUUACCCCGCCCAUCUGGCUGGGUUUCCCCAGCUACUCUGGGUGGCUUCCAACAAAGAUUAAAAACACAUCAAAAUGUCACACAUAAAAACUUCCCUGAACAGGGCUGCCUUCAGAUGUUUUCUAAAGGUCAGGUAGUUGUUUAUCUCUUUGACAUCUCAUGGGAGGGUGCCACCACCGAGAAGGCCCUCUGCCUGGUUCCCUGUAGCUUUGCUUCACACAGCGAGGGAACUGCCAGAAGGCCCUCGGAGCUGGACCUCAGUGUCCGGGCCGGAUGAUGGGGGUGGAGACGCUCCUUCAGGUAUACUGUCACUGUUCCUUUAUUUCAUUUAUGAAUCCCUUCCCGUGAAGCAUUUCCAAAUACCAAAUGAUUGCGGGUAUAAAAACAGUUAAAGCAAUUACCUCUGCAAAACCAACUUCAAGUAUGUUCAGAGGCUGAAGGCUUUCCUCAUCUUCAAAGAGCCAGUGCCUGCCUGAUGCGUAAUAGGAGUGGCUGGCUGGACCGUGUGUGCUCUGCUCUGCCUGGCAAGGAGCCACAGUCAGCUUAGAACUUGUUGACCUGCCUCCUUCCAAGUAGGGAGAGGUUGAGGGAAGCUCCAUUUGUCACCAGCAGCCACAACUCGGGGUGCGUUUUCCCAGCUAAAAAGAUGAGCGCAAAGACUUCCUCUCUGCUGCCUCCGAGAUCAGUGCUAACAGCCUUAACCUCUAGGUGGGUAGAUGUUACAUAGUCCUGCUUUCCAGCAUCCAGCACAGGCUGGUCCCCUAUAGCUCUCUGUGGUUCUGCAGUUGGAGAAUUGAGAAUCCUAGAGUUGGAGAGAUCCAUUUAGCCCAAACCCCUGCAAUGCAGGAAUCAUAGCUGCAUUCCCGGCUUCAUUUCUAAGCUGGGGGGCGACCAGUUUCAGAGACAGGAGUGGACCUUUUGGUCGGAUCUAGCAAAGCAGUUAUUACACUGGUAACCUGUACAGCUGAAAACGCUGGCAGCGUUAAGAUAAAAUUCAACAGCUUUGAUGGAUGCAGUACCGUGGUACCUCGGGUUACAGACGCUUCAGGUUACAGACUCCCCAAACCCAGAAAUUGUACCUCAGGUUAAGAACUUUGUUUCAGGAUGAGAACAGAAAUCGCACAGUGGCGGCAGGCCCCAUUAGCAAAAGUGGUGCUUCAGGUUAAGAACAGUUUCAGGUUAAGAACAGACCUCCAGAACGAAUUAAGUUCUUAACCCGAGGUACCACUGUAAUGGAAUACUGAAUGGUAUAGUUUUUUUAUAAAAUAUGCAGGGAUUUAUGAUAUGUAAAAUGAAUCAUGGAAAGAGAAGAAGAGAAGUCGUUGAUAUUUUAAGGAUGUACAAAUGAGUGUUUUAAAUUGGAAAACAGAAAAUUUGAUAAAAAAUGAUAUUACACUUGUAACCUGAGAUCAGCCAAGAGCACACCCUGGACUAGACCACUCGUGUCUGGUAAAUGCAAGGGCUUCUCUCGCUGGAGGUCCAUUCCCCUGGGAAAUUGCUGGAACAAACUCAACUAAAUACUUUUCAAACCUUUUUGAUACGUUCAUUUGCCCAAGCCUCCGCUGUUUUGCCCCUUUCUCGCACCCAGAAAUGGCCAAGCGCAUUGUGGACAUCCUGCGUGUGGUUUUGAGCCUGCAGCACCCUCCGGACUCCGCCUCGGACUCCACCCCGGACGUGCAGAGAGUGCCGCUGCGCCUGCUUGCCCCCCACAUCGGCCGCCUCCCCAUGCCCGAGGACUACGUGCUGGAGGAGCUGCGUAGCCUCACCCAGGGCUACCUGCGGGAACUGACGGUGGUGGCGCAAUGAGGGCAGCUUGCCUCCUCGCCUGGACGUAGCUGCCCUCUCUGAACGAUUCGUCUGCCCUUUGGCCCAGGGGUGUAGGCAGCCCCCUUCCUGCGCAACUCCUUCCCACCCUGGGGUGCUGCACAGCCACCAUAGGGGGCAAAGUUCAGAGACUGGGCUCUGGUGUUGCGACACCUCCCCCCCCCCCGCCCCCGCUUUCUAGUGUUAAUAAAGCCUUUGCCGCAGCAGAAGCCAGCUGUGGGGGUCACUGGACCUGUGGCGGGCAGAGAGCAAGGCACCUUACAGAUGGCACAAAAAAAAUCAGUGUGUGUGUGUGUAUGUAUACAGUCAAAUCUCCAUUUCAACUGAGCUCUGGUCAGCGUUUGUUUGGUUUUUUUUUGGAGGGGGUGGGGGCUUUGAGUGUGUCCUGCGCUGCUGGGUUCGGACAAGUGGAGUCGACCCUGCUGCCCAUGUGCCUUAUGGGGCUGAGUCAGAUCUGGGUUGUGCUGCCUGGCCUUUGCAAAGAAGGGAGGGAGGUGGAGGCACAGCCAGGUUUGGUCUGGAAAUGACACCGCUGGCUGAUCCUUGCAGGGGGGAAAUCCCUCAGUGACGUCAGCUUCCUGGCAUCCUGUCUUGGGGUGGCGGCACAAAUGGCACCCCAGAGUGCUUCUGAUCCUUGCAGGGGGCUGGCAGGUUCCUCUCCUUCUGACAGCCUGGCUUUGGGAGUCUGGCUUGAGUCUUCAAGCUGAGCCGCGCCUGUUCUUCAUGCCGAAUCCCUUUGCAAGAAGUGCUGGGGAGGGGGGGGGACGCAACCUGAUUUUAGGUUUUGUGCUGGGGGUGGGGGGGUGGGGUGGGGUAACGGCUCAAACCAAUCAGUUCAAGGUGGUCAUGUUGAAUGUGUUUGCCAUGUGGUUUCAUCAUAUUGCCGAAAGGGAAUUCCGGAUGCGAAGCUGGCUGGCAGCCUCCAGGGCCCUGGGGUGGACAGUCUGCCCGAAUCUCAUAGGGCAGGGCGAGGCCUGGUGUGGGUGCUGCCCCUGCGGCCAGUUGCGUGGGACCCCUGGAGGCAGUGCGUGUCUGCGUGUGCGUGUAUGUAUUGGGGGGGGGGGAUGCCAGCAAUGUGGUGACGCAUGAAGAUUAUGUAAAGGUUUUUAUUAAAAACUAUAAAUAAAUGAUCCAGAUUAUUUUCUUGUCUGUUUUUCUGGAAAUACCUUUAUAAGAAAAUAAAAAAAAGUUUAUAGCAUU